AUGGAUGCACGAGGGUCCAGUUUGGGCGGCUGGGGCCUUGGGGAUCUGCGGCGCCUCCAGCCUGGCCUGUUCCGGACGGCAGCAGACAGGGCCCAGCUGCAGACGGCUGUUCACCAGGUGAGGUCGCAACCCCUUUUCCGCGUCAUCAAAGCAUUGUGUUAACGGAAAAAUCUGAGGGCUCCCUUGGACAAAAACAAAGACACCAACCAGGAUAACUUGGAGCAAAACAGCAGCCUGUAGGCUUGGCCUUUAUUGAAUAACUGUCACAACAGGACUCCCACCCGCAACAAGAUGAAGCAAAAUGGAAGCCCAGAACAAAAGAAGACCCCAACUUUUAUUAGUUACUAAUCCCCCAAACUACACCCCUAAGACUACAUCACAAAAAGGAGGGGUUGAGGGAGGAGUUGUGGAGGUAACCUGAGUAUCUUGUCACCUGGCUGGUUCCUCCUUUCCCCCUCCCCAUGAGUCAAUUCCAGAGGACAAAAGGGAGUUUGCCGUUUCCUGCCCCCAGAGGGAAGAGCUGAUCAUUGUCCUUUGUUCCAGUCCAUGCUGAAUCCACUCCCAUAUGCAAGUUCUUUGUGAUCUUGAUGGUCUUCUGUCUGGGACCAUCAGGGUUGGCAUAGCAACUGGGCAGGGCUCCUGUGUAUGUGCUGGUAUGCUCAAGGGAUUAUGGCUGCCCUGUAUCAAACCUUCCCCAUUUUGUAGUCCUUCCUUCAUGGAGUAAAAUAAAAGUGGAACAGUGCAGAUCCGAUGUAUGGUUGAUUUUCUAUGAAUUUAUAACAGAAGCAUAGCGUAUGUAGUGUGUGAGUGUGAGUGUGUGUGUGUGAAGUUUGUACAAACUGAAUGAAUGAUGAACUGUUCCUGCGACAGUUGCAAAUGGUUGCAAGCACCCUGGCGUUCGGUUUCCCAUUGUGGCCAGAAGAGAUGCCUCUGGAUAUGGGGAAAGCGACGGGCACAGGUACACUGCUCUUGACCAGGGAGGCUCCACACCUGGCAUUACUGCUUUACAGCUGGGUUGGAUAGCCAGCUGUCAGGGACUCUUUAGAUGUGAUUUCUCCGGCCGCAGAGGGCUGUCCUAGGUGAUCCUUUGGGUCCCUCCCAUUCCCCCCUUUUUUUGUAGAAAUAAUUUUUAUUUGAUUUUACAAAAGUUACCGCAUUACCAAAUACAUAACCAUCUACAGAGAGUUCUCUGAAUCCCUCAACUUUCCACCUUCCCCUCCAUGGAUCCUAUUGCCAACAUUUUCAACUGCAUAUUACUACAUAAUCCAUAUUUUGUAUCUGUCCAUAUUUCCAUCAUGUUAGUUACAUUACUAGUGUUGUUGACUAGUGGUCAAGGCUGUUCUCCAACUGGAGCGCUCGCAGGCCGGUGUUUCCUAGUUGUCAGUGUUUAUACUACAUCAGGGGUCAGCAAACUUUUUUAGCAGGGGGCCGGUCCACUGUCCCUCAGACCACGUGGGGGGCCGGACUAUAUUUUGGAGGAAAAAAUGAAUGAAUUCCCAUGCCCCACAAAUAACCAAGAGAUGCAUUUAAAAUAAAAGGACACAUUCUACUCAUGUAAAAACACACUGAUUCCCGGACCGUCUGCAGGCCGGAUUUAGAAGGAGAUUGGGCCAGAUCAGGCCCCCGGGCCUGAGUUUGCCUACCCAUGUACUACAUUUUUUUUUUAAGAUUUGCCUUGAGACAGUCUUUAAACCUCCUUUGUUGACCACCAGCAUUACGCUUUCCAUUUUUAAGUUUGGAAUAGAGUAGUUGCUUUGGAAGACGAUAACCAAGCAUGCGCCCAACAUGCCCUCUCUGCCUCACAGGUAUUUGGUAGUCAUGCGUGGCACGGCUGCUGUUCCGACAAGCUCCUGGAGGCAUUGCUUGAAGCAGGGCAGCAGUGUUACCUGAAGCAGCAGGUGAGUUCAGAGGUCCCCAUCUCCCUCCCUCUCUCUCUCUCUCGUCUCUCUCUCUCUCUCUCUCUCUCUCUCUCUCUCUCUCAUCCUCCUCUGACCAGGGCUGAAUGGUGGGGUGCUCCAUUUCGAAAGGGUGCCUCUGCAAACCCUGUAGCGGAAGGAAAGUACAGUGGUACCUCGCAAGAUGAAAAACGCGCAAGACGAAAGAGUUUUUCAUUUUUUGAGUUGCUUCGCAAGACGAAUUUCCCUAUGGGCUUGCUUCGCAAGACGAAAAACGAAAACGUCUUGCAAGUUUGUUUCCUUUUUCUUAAAACCGUUAAUACCCUAUGGGAAACCGUGCUUCGCAAGACGAAAAAUUCGCAAGACGAAAAAACUCGCAGAACGAAUUAAUUUCGUCUUGCGAGGCACCACUGUAGAAAUAAUAUUCCGUGAAGACUUGACGUUUUUAUCCCCCCAAAGGUUAUUGAUUGAGUUUCCACUGAAAUGAGGCUGCAUUUUAAUGUUUUAAUGUUGUAUUUUAAUCUUGUUUCUAAGCUGUAUUUCAAUCAAUUGUUUUAUAUUUGGUGUUAGCCGCCCUGAGCCCGCCCUGAGUGUUGGCUGGGGAGGGCGGGGUAUAAAUAUUAUUAUUAUUAUUAUUAUUAUUAUUAUCAUUAUUAUUAUUAUUUCUGGGGGGACACAGGGGUAUGCACAGUGCCGGAUUUACGUAUAAGCUAAACAAGCUAUAGCUUAGGGCCCCGCUCUCUUGGGGGCCCCCAAAAAAUUUAAAGGAAAAAACACCUGGAUGUACAUUUCCAAAAUAUACAGUGGUACCUCAGGUUACAUAUGCUUCAGGUUACAGACUCCGCUAACCCAGAAAUAGUACCUUGGGUUAAGAACUUUGCUUCAGGAUGAGAACAGAAAUCGUGCUCCAGCGGUGUGGCAGCAGCUGGAGGCCCCAUUAGCUAAAGUGGUGCUUCAGGUUAAGAACAGUUUCAGGUUAAGAACGGACCUCCAGAACAAAUUAAGUUCUUAACCCGAGGUACCACUGUAAGAUAAAAAACAAAUAAAAUAAAACCUACAUACAGCAACAGUGUUUUGUGUUGUGUAGGCUCCAAUUUGUUAUUUGCAAAUGGCUUUAGAUACCUAUAAAUUACCAUAUAGCAUAUAUUCCACACAAAAACCAGCGACCAUUUGUUGUUGAUGAAGGACAGCUGGACAUAGAAAGGGCCCCAUUACCUUCAGUAGCUGAGGGCCUCAUCAAACCGAAAUCCAGCCCUGGGUACGCAUACCCCUAAAUAUUUUGUGAAUCUUCGUACUUCUGUCCGUUUAUUUAUUUCCCCCGAUUUGAACUAUAUAAAAUGGUGAUUUUCUUGAGUCAAAAUGAGAGUUUCCCUAAACAUUUUAUUUUUUGGGGGAAAAAAAGCACUGGAUAUAUUUAUUAGAUUUUACCCUUCCUUCUUCACGUUUGUGAGUUCGGCAGGUGGCUCCAGAAACUUAAGUAUGCUAGUUUUAGCCUUUCAUUUCCAGCAUUUCUUAGAGGGAUGUCCAAUAAUAAUAAUAAUAAUAAUAAUAAUAAUAAUAAUAAUAGUAUUCCUCCCAUCUGAAUGGGUUGCCCCAGCCACUCUAGGCAGCUUCCAACAUAUAUAUAUAAACAUAAUAAAACAUUAAACAUUAAAGAACUUCCCUAUCCAGGGCUGCCUUCAGAUGUCUUCUAAAAGUUGCAUAGUUACUUAUCUCUGGCUUGGGGGUUGCAUAACUGCAUACCCUUCAACAUUUCUCCAAUUUAAAUGGGGAAGUCCUAAGGAAAAGCGGGAAAUUCCGGGAUCAGAUCAGAAACUGGGAUAGUUUCUGUAAAUCUGGGAUUGUCCCUGGAAAAUAGGGACACUAGUAUCACUAGUCCAGGAUACUUUAAGGCAGGCUGGAUUCUCCUGGUAUUUCCUCCGUUCCCCUCUCCCCCCUUAAAACAUCACACAAAUCUUGUAAACGGUAAAACUCACACAGAACGCAGCUUUGUUCAGAAAGACUUAAAACAGUAAUUCAGUUACAAAGACAGGCAUUAGUCUAGCUCAGGGGUCAGCAAACUUUUUCAGCAGGGGGCCGGUCCACUGUCCCUCAGACCUUGUGGGGGACUGGACUAUAUUUUGAAAAAAAUAAUAAUGAAUGGAUUCCUAUGCCCCACAAAUAACCCAGAGAUGCAUUUUAAACAAAAGCACACAUUCUACUCAUGUAAAACACCAGGCAGGCCCCACAAAUAACCCAGAGGUGCAUUUGAAAUAAAAACCGAGGUGUGCUUUCCCAUAGAAAGUAAUGCAAAAUGGAUUAGUCUGUUCCAGACUUUUAAAAACAACCCCUAAAACAGCAAUUUAACAUGGAUUUUACCUUCUAACGAGACCACUGAUCCAUAAAACGAAAGCAAUAAGCGUUGUACUACAGUCACACAACCAAUCAAUUCCACACAGUCACAAGAACAAAACGAAAAGAGCCACAAAAACAAAAAUGCAAAAUAAAUAGCAAAAACAGACAAACCUCAGCGUAACACUCAAAACGAAAGUGUGGCACUCAAAACGGAGCUUCUGAAAACAAUUCGCAAACCAGAACAUUUACUUCCAGGUUUGCAGUGUUUGGGUUCCAAGUUGUUUGAGUACCAAGGCGUUUGAGAACACCACUGUACCACUCUUCCUCCAAAGACGGCUGGGCAGUUUUCAACAGAACAUGACCCUUGCAUAAUAUCAAUGCUCAAAUACUGAUACAGUGGACGCUUGGGUUGUGAACGUGAUCCAUGCAAGAUAUAUGUUUGCAACCCACAGCAUCCGCAACCCGCAGCGGCGCGUCCGCGCAUGCGCGACCACCGAAACCCGGAAGUACCAUAUUUUUCGCUCCAUAAGACACACUUUUUCCCUCCUAAAAAGUAAGGGGAAAUGUCUGUGUGUCUUCUGGAGCGAAUGUGCGGUCGAUCGCUGGCUCUUGCACAGGCCUCUAUUGUUGAAUGUUCUGCGGACGGAGGCUGCUUGUUUCCCCAGCGACAUGAUUAGAUUAUCUGUCUGGAAAUUGUAGAAACGGCUCCCUUUACUUUCCUAAAGAAGCUGCAGAACUGUGAGUUGAACCCCAUAAAAACAGGAUUUUUUCCCUUUGCAAAGUAAGCUCAACAACUUUGAGCUGAUCCUCAAAAAAGGGCCUUUUCCCCUUUGCAAAAGAACCUGCACAACUGGGAGCUGAUCCCCCCCCCCCAAAAAAACCAGGGCUUUCCCUCUUUCCUGCUCUAAAAACUAGGUGCGUCUUAUGGUCAGGUGCAUCUUAUGGAGCAAAAAAUACGGUAACCUGUUCCGGUACUUCCGGGUUUCGGCGGUCCAUCACCCGAAAAAACGCAACCUGAAGCGUCUGUAACCCGAGGUGUGACUGUACAUAGAUAUCUAUAUGAGAUACCCUUCCCUAGCUGCACUGGGAUUUUCAACUCCUGGACUCCGACCACGACGGCUACCUCUCCGCCCGCGAUGUGGAGCUUCUCCUGGCCCAGGUGCCACACGCCCACCCUGCAGGCGAGGCCUGGCAAGACUUCCUCAGGAGCCGGGGACCCAGCUUCUCCUGGAGAGACAUCGAGGUAACGGUUGGGCUGCGGAAAUAGAGGAGACAGGAGACUGUCCCACGCAGGAGACUGUAGCCUUUCUAGGCCCUUUUAACCAUGGAUAGGAGCAGGGACGAAAGGAGCCAAACGACACCAAGGGGUUAAAUCCAGAGAAAGAGCUUUUAUUCUGCCAUCCGGGGGGGGGGGGCAGAGGAGCAAGUGUGAUAACUCACAAAAACAAGCACGAGUUCACAUGCGUUUGCACAGAGUAUAUAUCCCCCUUCCAGUUCCCUCCCCCUUUCUCCUCCCAUGUGUCUCCUGAGCAUGAACAGAAAGUUCCUGUCUUGGGACCAUUUUUGGGCUCUUCCCAGGAAAGGGGGGUUUCAGAGUGUUCCAGUUAUGUUUCAUUCUUGUGCUUUGGCAUGGUUCCCGGACAGAAGCAAGUUGCAAUCUAGUCUAAGCAAGGCCAAAGGCUCUGAGAAAACAAUGGACUCUGUUCCCUACCUUUUGUUACGGUAUUUUAGUUACAGCAAGAGGAAUAUGCUUAGCUAAUGCUUUUUGCCUUAGAGGAAAUGCAGUUUUUAAAAAUGCUUGAGGCGAGGCUUUUGAGGCCUGGCUUGGGGGGGGGGAUUCACAAACAGUUUUAGGGUUUUUGGGGUAAUCCUAACUGUUCCCCUUCAAGACGUGGUGAGGCGGUGGCUUCAGGCGGCAGGCCAGAGACCUGCUCCCAGUGCAAUGGGCUUCCUCCAGUCGCCUCCAGCUGUUUCGGGCGGUUUUCCGUGACGAUGUACAGUUUUCCGUUUGGCCUCAGGCGGCAAAAUGUCCCGCGCUCCAGGAGGGCCUGAGGGGAUUGGCCCAGCAAGGGUCCCGGGGGCCAGGCGGUGAGAUGAGGAGGGCCACACUUGCCCCCGGAGGGCCUGAGGUUCUCCACCUUGUGGUAGACGGGUGGUCCUAGGUGGAGGAGCUAAUGGGGUUUGGGGGCAAGGCAGGACCCACAUGUUGCAGGGGGGCAAUAUUGUGGGGUGCCAGCUUGCCUGCAUGGCUGGGGAGUUGCACAGGCCCCUCACCCGGUUUCCUCUUGCUUCUCCCCCCCCCUCACCCCACAAGGACUGGCUUUUCAGACCACCCCACCUGCUCGUGGACAGACCCCGCACCGAGCUGAGAAGGAGCUGCUUCAGCGAGCAGGUAGGAGCGGGAACCAACUUGGGAUGGAAACUGCUCGGGAAUCGAGCCUCGGCAACGUCCGAACCAGGAUCGGGCCCCGGUGGUUGGGAGAGGGCGGGCUGCCUAGGAGUAGCUCAGCUAUGGAACUCACUGCUGCAGGAGGGCAGCGAUGGCCAUCAGUUUGGAUGGCUUUCUGUGAAAGCCAGACUAGGGCUCGGGAUGUAGCGUUCCCAAAGCAAGGAAGGAGUGGACUAAAAUAUACAUGAGGCUUGACCAGCAUGACUCUGGGAGGAGGUCCAAUAAUAAUUAUCCUCUCCAUCCCUCGGCCCAGGUUGUUUUAUUCACAAAAGAACUUUUUACACAGUGUUCGUAAGAACCAAUCAGAUUUCCUCUGAGCAUUUCAAAACCCCCAUGUAGGGACAAAGUUAGAAGUUAAAACUUAUUGUUUUUUAGUCGUUUAGUCGUGUCCGACUGUUCGUGGCCCCACGGACCAGAGCACGCUAGGCACUCCUGUCUUUCACUGCCUCCCGCAGUUUGGUCAGACUCAUGUUGGUAGCUUCGAGAACACUGUCCAAUCAUCUCGUCCUCUAUCGCCCCCUUCUCCUUGUGCCCUCCAUCUUUCCCAACAUCAGGGAGUCUUCUCUUCUCACGAGGUGGCCAAAGUCUUGGAGCCUCAGCUUCAGGAUCUGUCCUUCCAGUGAGCACUCAGGGCUGAUUUCCUUCAGAAUGGAUAGGUUUGAUCAUCUUGAAGUCCAUGGGACUCUCCAGCGUCUCCUCCAGCACCAGAAUUCAAAAGCAUCAAUUCUUCGGCGACCAGCCUUCUUUACGGUCCAGCUCUCACUUCCAUACAUCACUACUAAAGUUAAAACUACAAAGAGCUAAUUUGAGCAUGCAUAGCAAAAAUCCUGUUUUUAUGGGGUUCAACUCAUAGUUCUGCAGCUUCUUUAGGAAAGGAAAGGGAGCCAUUUCUACAGUUUCCAGACAGAUAAUCUAAUCAGCCAGUCCCAUGUUGCUGGGGAAACGGCCUAUGUCUGCAGAACACUCAACAAUGGAGGCCUGGGCAAGGGGGCGGAAAGGGAGCCAGCGAUCGACCGCACAUUCGCUCCAUAAGAUGCACAGACAUUUCCCCUUACUUUUUAGGAGGAAAAAAGUGUGUCUUAUGGAGCGAAAAAUACGGUAUUUAUUGUGGGUUUUUGCCUGUGUGUAGAUGCACUUGAACGUCGCCCCAGCAUGCCCAGAGGCCAUUUUCCUGGACAUUAGCUGUCUCACAAGCCAGAUACAGUCAUACCUCAUGUUACGUCUGCUUCAUGUUACGUUCUUUCAGGUUAUGUCCCACGGCGACCCGGAAGUACCGGAAAGGGUUACUUCCGGGUUUCGUCGCUCGCGCAUGCACAGACGUGCAAAAUGAUGUCACGCGCAUGCGCAGAAGCGGCAAAUCGCAGCUUGCGCAUUCACAGAUGCACCGCUACAGGUUGCGCUCAGGCUUCCCCCACCCAGGGAGCUUGUUGAGCAAUAGCUUCCAUCAGCUGGUCCUCUAUCAGAUAAAAGAGGUGAACUAUUCACGGAGGCGUGGAGACCCUUUUCUGACUAUUUGAAGAACUGUUACAGUCAAGUGAAAAUGAGGGCUGGGUUCGAAUUAUGAGCAGCGGAAUGAAAGCAAUGAUAAGUGAAAUAGAGGAUAACUGUAUGAGAUAAAAAUAUGUAAUAUAAAACAGUAGGUAUAAGUUGGGAAUUUAAAAAAAAAGGUUAGGUAGAAGUCUGGAAUCAAAAAAGGUAAGGCUGGGAAGUCAAAAUUUUAAGAAAAACAUAUACAGUCAUAUCUCGGGUUGAAAGUGCUUCAGGUUGAGUGCUUUCGGGUUGCGCUCCGCGGGAACCCGGAAGUAACGGAGUGUGUUACUUCCGGGUUUCGCCGCUCGCGCAUACGCAGUCGCUCAAAAUGACGUCACACGCAUGUGCAGAAGCAGCAAAACGCGACCCGUGCAGACACGCCAUCGCGUCUUACGUUCUAUUCAGGAUGCGAACGGGGCUCCGGAACGGAUCCCGUUCGCAUCACUAGGUACCACUGUAUUGAAAUUUAGCUAAGUUUGUAAAACUUGUGAAAAUCAAUAACAAAAUUAUGUCAGAAAAAGGGUGGUCCUCUGUGGCCUACAGUUUGCAGCUUUUUGCAGCUAAGGACGGCCCCCUUUGGAAUCAGAAACUACAGUGGUACCUCGGGUUACAGACGCUUCAGGUUACAUACGCUUCAGGUUACAGACUCCGCUAACCCAGAAAUAGUGCUUCAGGUUAAGAACUUUGCUUCAGGAUAAGAACAGAAAUCCUGCUCCGGCGGCGUGGCGGCAGCAGGAGGCCCCAUUAGCUAAAGUGGUGCUUCAGGUUAAGAACAGUUUCAGGUUAAGAACGGACCUCCAGAACGAAUUAAGUACUUAACCCGAGGUACCACUGUAUACGUGGUGCCUCAUCAGGAGUUAUGAAAACUGAACAGCACAUUACUGUUUGGCACUGUUUGGGUUUGCCCUGGCAACAGCAGUCCUGUAAGGUAGGCCCUUAAUACAGAUCAGGGUAAGGAGAAAGUAACUCGGCCCAUGGAUUAAUUCUUUGGCAGACGAAGGCUUUGAAUGCAGGUCCCCAUCCCCUGGUGUGAAAUUCAAGUCCUGCUCAGCCACGUUGACUUGAGGUUUUCUAUCUCUCGAAGGGUGCAAGUGGAAGGGCGAGCAGCCCCCUCUAUCGCUGGGGCAUCAGGAGAUGGGAUGAGCAGCCGCUGGAACGGUAGGUCUCCCUGCUCAGAGGAAGGGACUUACUCUCCAGUAAGGGUCUAUAGCAGCAGCAGGAGGAAACCUCCAUCCUUGCAGGCCAGCUUUGACAGGUGGGCAGGGAAACUCGCUUGUCAAUCUCACAAGGUCUUGCGAUGUCACGUGAUGGACAUCUGAUCAUCAAAAGCCUUGCCGGGCUUGCAGAAAUGGAGAAAGGGAGAGGAAAACAAGCAAUUUUUCAAGCAAAGGCAUUGGAGGAGACUUCUUCUGAGCUCUGCCUUUAAUUGCAAAAUCUACUUUUUUCUUUCUUUCCUGGCGGGUUUUUGUAGAGGAUCAUAGCCUUAUUUGUUUUGUUUAAUUUAUUGGAAUUUAUAUCCCGUUUGGCUUUUUCAAAAACAACCACAAAAUGGUUUAGAAUCGUAGAACUGUAGAGUCAGAAGAGACCGUGAAUCUCAGCCAUCCAAAAACCUCCCAGGAAGGAGAGUCUGCUACCAUCCAAGUCCCUGGCGAGUCUGUUCCACUGCCAAACAGCUUUUGCUGCCAGAAACGUCUUCCUGCUUUUGAGUUAGAAUCUCCUUCCUUGUACAGUGGUACCUUGGCUCUCAAACUGUUCCGGAAGUCCGUUCUGAAACCAAAGUGUUUCAAAACCAAGGCACGCUUUCCCACAGAAAUAAUGCAAAACGGAUUAAUCCGUUCCAGACUUUUAAAAACAACCCCUAAAACAGCAAUUGAACAUGGAUUUUACCAUUUAACGAGACCAUUGAUCCAUAAAACGAAAACAAUAGUGUACUGCAGUCACAAAAUCAAUCAAUCAAUCAAUCAAUCAAUCAAUCAAUCAAUCAGUAGCUGAACUGGGUUCCACACAGUCACAAAAACAAAACAAAAAGAGCCGCGAAAACAAAAACGUCAAAUAAAUAGCAAAAACAGAGAGAUCUCAGCGUAACACUCAAAUUGGAAGUGUGGCACUCAAAUCAGAGCAUGUUUGGCUUCUGAAAAAAGUUCGCAAACCGGUACACAAACUUCUGGGUUUGCAGUGUUUGCAGUGUUCCAAGCUGUUUUUGUACCAAGGCAUUUGAGAACCAAGAUACCACUGUAACCUGAAUCCAUUGGUUGAGUCCUACCCUCCAGAGCAGAAGAAAACAAGUUUGAUCUAUCUCCCAUAGGACAUCUCUUCUGAUAUUGGAAGAUGGCUCUCCCGUCACCUCCCAUUACGAGACUGCCAGCAUGCAAAAUGCCUUUCAAUGAUGCCUUUCUCACUCUUGCCAGUGUCAAAGCAGAGGGCAUACCUUGCAAGGCACAUAUAUGCCUUUGCAAGAGGAGCAAGGUCUCAGAACAGCAACGCAGGUGCCUUCUGUUGGGAUUACACUCCCCCCGAGCUGCAGAUGUGUGGGAUUAUUGCAUGUCACAUGUCUGUUUACAUUCCGGCACAGAUUGCUGGAGUCUGUGAGCGGAACUUCCGCUCUGUAUUGCUUUUGUUUUCGGUCUCUCUCAGAGAAGACGGCAAGGAGAGAUGCCAUGUUUUCUUUGUCCUGAUUUAUGUAUAAUAAAUGCGUAGUUUAGUAUGUGUCCACACCUCAAGCCUCAACUGUUGCGCAGUUUACACUGCUGAGUAAUGUGUGCUCAAGGCUGCUCGGCUUGAGUCACAGACGCACGUCAGAGGAGCAGAGGUUGAUGGAUCUCCGCAGCGGCAAGGCUGAGAGGGACACAUCCAGCUGGGGCCGACACCUUCUCUCUGCCACAGGUGGGACUCUGGGGGUCUGAGCACCCUGCUUGCGGAGGAGGCUUCCGGGGUGCUGGCAGCGCUGGAGCGGAAAUACCGGGUUCUCCAGAGGAAACUGUGCGCUGAGAUGUUGCAGGCACACUAUGGUGAGAAUGUGGGGCACAGCAGGGGGGCAGAACAGGAAGGAAGGGGGCAGAGAUGACCCAGAUGAGGGAAGUGCAAGCCAGUACGCUGGACAUCCAGACAUCCCCUCGCUUAAGAGAAAGGGCCACCAAGAUGUGGUGAUCGACUAGGUUAGUGGAUUUUUUAUUUUAGCAAAAUGUAUACGCCACUUGAUUGUAAAAACACAAAGCAGUUCAAAGGACUAAAAUUCUCAGUUAUAAACACUGAACAAAUGAUUAAUAUUGAGAUAAAGCUAAAAGAUGAAGCCCAUGUAACACCACAUUGAAAAAACACAUAAACGUAAUAAAUUGUAUAAUAACAGUUGUAAAGUUAUUUACUGGAAACUACUCAAAAUUGUGAGCUCCCAUUUUUCAGUUCCAGCUCCUGCCAAUGUAGCAGUUCAAAAGCAUGUCAAAGUGCAAGUACAGUAGUACCUCUGAUUGCGAACGGUAUCUGUUCCAGAUGCCCAUUCGCAACAUGAAAGGAACGCAACCCGUAGCGGCGCGGCUUCGCACGCACGGGUUGCGAUUCGCCGCUUCUGCUCAUGCGUGUGACAUCAUUUUGCACAUCUGCGCAUGCGCGAGCGGCGAAACCUGGAAGUAACCCUUUCCAGUACUUCUGGGUCGCCGCGGGACGUAACCUGAAAGAACAUAACAUGAAGUGGCCGUAACAUGAGGUAUGACUGUAGAUAAAUAGGUACCGCUCUGGCAGGAAGGUAAAUGGUGUUUCCGUGCGCUGCUCUGGUUUGCCAGAAGCAUCUUAGUCCUGCUGGCCACAUGACCCAGAAAAACUGCAGACAAACACCAGCUCCCUCGGCCAGUAAACUGAGAUGAGCGCCGCAACCCCAGUCGUCCGUGACUGGACCUAACGGUCAAGGGUACCUUUACCUUUACCUUACUCCUCAGAAUUAAAUACAGCUUCUCAUAAUGUCAAAAUCAACAUCGUGACAUAAUGUAUUAAAAUGUAGCUUAUUCAGUUGACCACCAAGUCCAGUAUUUACAAAAUGCAAUUCCCAUUUUGUCAGUCCCGUUGUUGCUUAGUUGUUUAGUUGUGUCCGACUCUUUGUGACCCCCUGGACCAGAGCAUGCCAGGCACUCCUGUCUUCCACUGCCUCCCGCAGUUUGGUCAAACUCAUGUUUGUAUCUUUGAGAACACUGUCCAACCAUCUCAUCCUCUGUCAUCCCCUUCUCCUUGGGCCCUCCAUCUUUCCCAAAUUCAGGGUCUUUUCCAGGGAGUCUUCUCUUCUCAUGAGGUGGCCAAAGUCUUGGAGCCUCAGCUUCAGGAUCUGUCCUUCCAGUGAGCACUCAGGGCUGAUUUCCUUCAGAAUGGAGAGGUUUGAUCUUCUUGCAGUCCAUGGGACUCUCAAGAGUCUCCUCCAGCACCAGAAUUCAAAAGCAUCCAUUCUUCGGCGAUCAGCCUUCUUUAUGGUCCUGCUCUCACUUCCAUACUACUGGGAAAAGUCAGUCCCACAGUACAUUCGUAUUCUAAUUUGUUCAUCUUCUCUUGUCCUUUUCUGUCUGACCUAUUCCUUAGAAGACUACAACAUUAAAUCAUUUGAAUACUGGCACUGGUAGAUGCUGGCACAGGCAGACAAGACCAGGAUUCCUGGAUAUUCCCCUGAUUCGCCUCAAGGGGCUCCAUCAGCCUUGCGUGGUUCGUCACUGUAUAUAACAGCUACACGGAAGUUAUUCGUGAUAGAUUUUCAGUCAUGGUCAAAUCUAUCACGAAUAAGUGCCAGCAUUUUGUACGUACUGGACUCGGUGGUCAACUGAAUAAGCUGCAUUUUAAUACGUUAUGUCACGAUGUUGAUUUUGACAUUAUGAGAAGCUGUAUCUAAUUUUGAGAAGUAAGGUAAAGGUAACGAGACCCCUGACCAUUAGGUUCAGUCGUGGCCGAUUCUGGGUUGCGGCGCUCAUCUCGCUUUAUUGGCCGAGGGAGCCGGCGUACAGCUUCCGGGUCAUGUGGCCAGCAGGACUAAGCCGCUUCUGGUGAACCAGAGCAGUGCAUGGAAACGCCAUUUACCUUCCCGCCAGAGCGGUACCUAUUUGUCUACUUGCACUUUGAUGUGCUUUCGAACUGCUAGGUUGGCAGGAGCAGGGACCGAGCAACGGGAGCUCACCCCGUCACGGGGAUUCGAACCGCCGACCUUCUGAUCGGCAAGCCCUAGGCUCUGUGGUUUAACCCACAGCACCACCUGCGUCCCUAAUUUUGAGAAGUAGUUUCUAGUAAAUAAUAAAUAAUUGUUAUUAUACAGCCUAUUAUGUUUACGCAUUUUUUCAACUGGAUUUGCGUAAUAUGGACAUUCUAGUGGUUUUGCCCAUGUAACAUCUACAUAGAAUUGUAGAGUUGGGAGGGAUCUCGAUGGUCAACACGUCGAAGCCCCCUGCAAUGCAGGAAUCUUUGGCCCAAUGUGGGGCUUGAACCCACAACCCUGAGAGUAUAAGUCUCAUGCUCUGCCAACUGAACAUGUAGACUUAGAGUCUCUCUCUCUCUCUCCUCCCCACUGCAGGGCAUCCGGUUUGGACCUCCCUGUCUCAGGCCGCAAAAGAGGACAAGAUCUCUGAGCUGGAGACCCUGGUGGAUUUCGGCCUGCGCGAAGGAAGUAUCCUGCCCCUCUCCAGCCUGCCUGGGGCGCAGCACGAAGUCAGGUGCGCUCGGUGCAUGUGUGAAAGUCAGCUGGGGGCAUGGGGACCAGGGGCAGAUUUAGGUUUGAUGGGACCCUAAGCUACUGAAGGUAAUGGGGCCCUUGAUAUGUCCAGCUGUCCUUUGUCAACCACAAAUGGUCACUGUUUUUUGUGUGGAAUAUAUGCUAUAUGGUAAUUGAUGGACCUAAUAGGUAUCUCAAGCCAUUUGCACACCUGGCCAUGCAACCAGUCCAUGCAGAAUGUAAAGGUAAAGGGACCCCUAACCAUUAGGUCCAGUCGUGGCUGACUCUGGGGUUGCGGCGCUCAUCUCGCUUUGCUGGCAGAGGGAGCCGGCGUACAGCUUCUGGGUCAUGUGGCCAGCAUGACUAAGCCGCUUCUGGCGAACCAGAGCAUUGCACAGAAACGCCGUUUACCUUCCCGCCGGGGCGGUACCUAUUUAUCUACUUGGACUUUGACGUGCUUUCGAACUGCUAGGUUGGCAGGAGCAGGGACCGAGCAACGGGAGCUCACCCCGUCGCGGGGAUUCGAACCGCCGACCUUCUGACUGGGAAACAUUAUUACUGCAGGAAGAGCAUAACCAGCAGCCAUCCUUAGCCCUCUGCACUAUUAAUGUGUCUAAUCCCUCCUGUGGGAGGGAGUUCCACAGGCUAACUCUGCGCCACACAAAGAAUUGCUUUCUUUUAUCUGUCCUGAACCUUCCAACUUUGUGCAACCUUUUUUGCUCACCAGAUCUGGGGCACCGAAGGCGGGCGACACCAAUGGGGGACCCCUCGACCCCUCGGCCACAGAGGGCACAGCCGCCCACGCCCUCCUACAGUUGCGGCGCAGGAGGCAGGCAGAGACGGCGGCUCUGCUGACCCACCGGCACCUCCAGGGCGGCAGGUGAGGUUUGGAAGAGGGACAUGACUCCAGAGCAGAAAGUGUCAAGUUGUUUUUCCAUGUCAUCUUUGUGGGAAUGUUCAGGGAUGCAGGAGAGGAUAUAUUGUUUGGUUAUAGCCUUUCCAACUUGUGUUAACAAGUUCACAAUUUUAGCAGAGUAACAUUCCCCUUUUUAAACUCAGCGGAUGCAUUUGCUCGGGCUCACUAAAGCCUCUAUAAUAACUGUUCUGGUAUUUCCCCCUUAUUCCCGCAUAAAAGAUAAGACACGACACAGUUUCUAUAAAAGUAUAAAAAGAGUUUACUCACUCACAUUCUGUUCACAAUUGGAUCCCAGAAGGCAGACUUAGCUUAGAAAAGUAACAUACACCUGGAAACUAUCUCAUAAGGAGACAGUCCCCUUUGUCCUCUCUUGGCCGGAAGCCAAUUGUGAACAGAAUGUGAGUGAGUAAACUCUUUUUAUACUUUUAUAGAAGUAGAAAAAGAAGCCAAGAGAGCAUCUUUGGCUAAGCAGAUGUUGCUUCUUCGAUGCAUGUAGUCAAAGAGAGAUGGCUGCCCUGCCCUGUGCUUUUGUCGUUACCUGCACAGGUGAGGCCACGCCCACCUAUAGUCACAUGCAGAGGAAGUCUGUCCCAGCCCAGAAGGAAACAGGAAGUUGACUUGCUGGCUGGACAAACAUUCCUCCCCAUGUGUAAACAUGUUCACUCUAGGAAUGUUGUACUUGACUGCUCUUGUGUUUCACAUCCCACAAUCUUGUGGGCCUUUCUCAGCUCUGUUGUGGUGAUGUUGGGGCCUGAACCGGUGACCUUCUGCAUAGAAUUGUAGAAUUGUAGAGCUGGGACCCCAAGGGUCAUCUAGUCCAACCCCCUGCAAUGCAGAAAUCUCAGCUCAAGCAUCCCUGAUAGUUGGCCACCCAACCUCAGUUCCAAAACCUCCAAGGAAGAAAAGCCCACCAUCUUCUGAGGGAGUCCAUUCCUCUGAGGAACAGCUUUGUCAGAAAGUUCUUCCUGUCAGAAUCUCCUUUCUUGUAACUUGAAGCCACGGAUUUGAGUCCUACCCUCCAGAGCAGGAGAAAACAAGCUUGCUCCCUCUUCCCUGUGACAGCCCUUCAGAUAUUUGAAGAUGACUCCCAUAUCUCCUCUCAGUCUCCUCUUUACCAGGCUAAAUAUACCCAGCUCCUUCAAGCGCUCCUCACAAUGUGUCAGGGUUCGGGGAAUCAGCUUUCUCCCCCGUGGAAGUAAAUAAUAAUAAUAAUAAUUUUUUAUUUAUACCCCACCCUUCCCGGUUCAAAAACCAGGCUCAGGGCGGCUAACAACAAAUUUAAAACACUUAAUUGAGGCAACAAAAAACAGCAUAAAAUACAGUAUGAAACGUGAAUAACGAUAAAUUCAGAAUUCAAAAAUCAAUUUGGGGGGAAAUCCAUCCAAUAAACAUUAGGUGAUCACCAGGGCUAGCUGGCUAAAUUAGUCUAUUUGGGCCAGCGAGGAGACCAGGGGAGAAUUAGCUGUGGGAUCCCAGAGCAGGUAAUCUUCAUAAAAAGGGGAGGGGAGGGAAGGAAGGGGAAUAAAAGAUCAGGCUAAGUUCAAAUUGAAAGCCAGGCGGAAUAGCUCUGUCUUACAGGCCCUGCGGAAGGAGGUUAAAUCCUGUAGGGCCCUGUUCUCAUGGGACAGAGCAUUCCACCAGGUCGGAGCCAUCACUGAGAAGGCCCUGGCCCUGGUGGAGGAUAAUCUGACUUCCUUAGGGCCCAGGACCUCUAAAUAAGAAGAGAUCAAACGAAAGGAACGUCUUACCAGUUAGAUUCUUUAAUAAUCACUGCGAGAGAGAAAAGAACCCGUUCUUCCUAGAAUGGCAGUGCUCCCAAUUAAGGCUCCAUCCCUAUUAAUCUACGUCACGCCUACGUCUUGUAAGCUGAGCUUGUACCCUCUGCUCUUUUGGUUCCCAGACUUUCUGAGCUCUUCUACCUUGGGGAGGGCGGUGGAGGAAUGCUGUGAAUCUGUUAACCCUCUCCCUUCCAGUGUUUCUUCUCCUAGCUGUUCCCCAUCCAGUAUUUCCCAGCUUCUGCCUUCUGAACUGUGCCCCUCUGCAAACCACUGUUCCAAAUCUAUACUGUCCUGCUCCUGGGAAGAUUCAGGAUCCAAGGGAAGGGGGUGUCUCCCACCAUUCUUCCUCAGUGCAACCCUUCUCAGCACGGUCCCUGACAUAAGGCUUGGUUUCCAGACCCGUGAUCAUCUUUGUCGCCCUCCUCUGCACACCUCCCAGCUUUUCAACACCCCUCAGAAAUUGGGGUGCCCAGAACUGGACACAGUAUUCCCGGUGUGGUCUGACCAAGGCAGAACAGAGUGGGACUAUUAUUUCCCUUGAUCUGCACGCUAGACUUCGGUUGAUGCAGCCUGGGUAAAGGUAAAGGUACCCCUGACUGUUAGGUCCCGUCCCGGAUGACUCUGGGGUUGUGCGCUCAUCUCACUCUACAGUGGUACCUCAGGUUAAGAACUUAAUUCGUUCCGGAGGUCCGUUCUUAACCUGAAACUGUUCUUAACCUGAGGUACCACUUUAGCGAAUGGGACCUUGCGCCGCCGUCGUGCGAUUUCUGUUCUCAUCCUGAAGCAAAGUUCUUAACCCGAGGUAAUAUUUCUGGGUUAGCGGAGUCUGUAACCUGAAGCGUCUGUAACCUGAAGAGUCUGUAACCUGAGGUACCCCUGUAUAGGCCAAGGGAGCCGGUGUUUGUCCACAGACAGCUUCUGGGUCAUGUGGCCAGCAUGACUAAGCCGCUUCUGGCAAACCAGAGCAGUGCACGGAAAUGCUUUCAAACUGCUAGGUUGGCAGGAGCAGGGACCGAGCAACAGGAGCUCACCCCGUCACAGGGAUUUGAACUGCCGACCUUCUGAUCGGCAAGCCCUGGGCUCUGUGGCUUAACCCACAGUGCCACCCGCGUCCCUGUUGAUGCAGCCUAGGUAAAGGUAAAGGGAUCCCGACCAUUAGGUCCCGUUGUGGCCGACUCUGGGGUUGCGGCACUCAUCUCGCUUUAUUGGCCAAGGGAGCCAGCGUACAGCUUCCGGGUCAUGUGGCCAGCAUGACUAAGCCGCUUCUGGCGAACCAGAGCAGCGCACGGAAAUGCCAUUUACCUUCCCGCCAGAGCUGUACCUAUUUAUCUACCUGCACCUUGACGUGCUUUCGAACUGCUAGGUUGGCAGGAGCAGGGACCGAGUAACGGGAGCUCACCCCGUCGCGGGGAUUCGAACCGCCGACCUUCUGAUCAGCAAGUCCUAGGCUCUGUGGUUUAGACCACAGCACCACCCAUGUCCCUGUUGAUGCAGCCUAGAUGCAUGCAAAACAUCUCCUCAAGGCAUGGAACUAGAGAGAAAGAGACUCCCCAGACUUAUAUUUCAGGGACAACUGUGCUGAGCCUUCCAGUUGGUGUAGAGAGUACAGAGCGAGAUGGAUCAAGGCCCUGACUUGCCUUCCCAUUAAGUGAAGGCCCAUAGCUCAGUGGCAGAGCACCAGAGACCCAUGCAGAAGGUCGCAGGUUCGAUCCCAAAUGGCACCUCAGUGCAGGCAACACUGAGGUAAUGGAUCCCCUAUGCUGCCCCCCCUCUCUCUGCAGCAACCCAGAAACCUCGCGCCAACUGUUGCAUCUGCAUGCACAGACAGAGCUCGUCCACCAGGAGGCGUCGUUCCCAGCUGCUCUGCUUGCGAUAGAGCUGUUCUUGGGAGAAAGGUGAGCCCUAUUGGCCAAACCUAUUUGGUGUUUCGCAACUUUCCGACUAGUUGCAGGACCUUAGCCAGACCUAGCAGAGUAAACGCAGAAUCCACGGAAGCAAUUGGCGACUUGGCUGCAGACAGGACAGACGAAGCAGGAACCAGGAACUUGUAGUUACGUGUUUAUUAUAUACAGUGGACUGUUUACAGGAACAGAGCAUGGAUCUUUAGCUAGCUCUCUCUGACACGACUCACAACUCCUACGCUGACACACAGAACUCUGAACACUGAGCUCUGAACUAACACAUUCCACUUAGUAGGCCAUUAAUUAUCACUCCCCUGAGAGAGCUUGACCAAUCAGGGAGCGGUCUCCAUGUCUCUGUUAUCACCAGGCAGACUUACUCCUUCAGAUUGCCUUCUGGCUGUCUGCCAAACCUUAAUUGACUCUGUGUGAGUAGCUGCAAGUACACAGUUUCCCAACAAGCCCGUGGGUGGGGGGCGGGUGGCCUUAGUGGGUCUACCCAGGUCUUCCCGGGAGGGUGCAGGGUGGCCAACACAAGCAAGCCAUUGCUUGGGACAGGGAGAACGUCUCAAUGGUGUUGUGUAUUUUAAUUACAGAUUGUUUUUAUAGUUGCGAACCACUUAAAAAGCUGAUUUGGUAGGUAAGCAGUAAAUAAAUCAAUAAUAAUAAUAGACUUUUAGACUUGGAAGGGACCCAGCCCCGCUACAAUGCAGGAAUCACAGCUAAGGCAAGCAGCUUAGAUGCUAAUUCAGAUCACGACAAGCAGCUCCUAUUCAAGGCUGACUCCGUGUGACUCUUCCUUUGGCAGGUUUUGGGACUCGCAGCCCAUCGAACCCGGAGCCCGGCACCUGGAGUUGGCUCGACUGCGGCUUGCCGCAGGGAGUGGACCAGCAUCGGCAUGGCAGGAGGCCAAACCUGCGCCAGGAAGAUUGAUGGCGGUAAAACCAGGAUGAUCAGCCAAAUGGGAUAUUGGUGCUCGCCAACUAGAGGCGAAGGGGAACAUGGAAUAGCAGACAAAGGACCCAAGUGUGGCUGUCAGGUUCCUGCCUUUAGAAGAGCCCCUUCUCUGCUUCCUCAUGAGUCGCUGAUCUGUGCGUGCCUGCAAAUGGAACGAGGCAAGCCCAGAGCUGUUACUCAUACAGAGAGAAAACGGGCACAUCCCUUUCUGGGGAGGACAUUCUGCUAGGAAACUGCCCAGGGAGUGGUCAAACGCACCAUUCAUGACUAAUGCAGUGAUACAACAGGUUGAAGAACAGUGUAUCCUUCAGAGAGGCGGCAGGCACACUCCUCCCGGUAGGCUGGGAUGGCAGGAGCCUUUAAGCUGCGCAUUUUUCACAGCCCAGCAAUAAAGUUGCGCUUUACUUUUUGCAAACCCCUUUGGCAAAGAUGUAGGAUGUGACGCAUAGAUAGCAGUCAGGUACAACAUUCUUUGUUUUCCUAGAGUGGACAUGCAGGGAAAUGUUUCCUCCAGUCAGUAGAAAACUUCCUGUUUCCUCCUGAGCUGGGACAAACUUCCUCUGCAUGUGAUUAGAGGUUGCGUGACCUUACCUGCCCAGGUAACACAAAAGAACAAGGCACGCUGCACACUCUCUCUUUUGACUUCCUCUCCAUCGUAGGACCAGCAGUUUUUUAGCUAGAGAUGCACAAAGGGACUAUUCCCAUAUGGGGUAGAUUCCACAUGUAUAUCCUCUGUAGCUAAGUCUGCCUUCAGGGAUCCAUCUGUGAACUGAAUGUGUGAGUAAACUUCUUUUAUAUAUACUUUGCAGAAGAUUAUGUCGUGUCUAUUCUUUUUAAGGGGGAGAAAAGGGGAUUACAAGGAAUCCAAAUACUGAGAAGCAGCUUGUACAUUUAAAUGGCGAAUGUAAACUCUGCUAAGUAAAGGAACUUGCUAGCACAAGUUAGGAAGGAUAUUAUUAAACAAUAUAUCAUCUCCUGCCUCCCUGAACAUCCCCACAAAAGAAGGGAGUUGUUUUUAAAAGGAGGCAGGUUGCCCUGUUUGAAUAACGCUGCCAGAAUUAGGGCGAGAUGGAAAAAGGCACAUAAAAUAAGAAACUUGCUUCAAAUGCACAGCUGUUUUACGUAUCCAAGGUCAGGGCCUUUGGACCUGGCUGAAUGUGGCCCCCAGUAUGGAAACCUCCUCCCCUUGCUUUCGCCACCUGGGCUUGGGUAGCGCAUUCGUAGAACAAUAGAACUGUAGAUGUGGGGCCACGGAGGCCAUGUGUCUUUCUCCUUCUCGCCCCAUAGCAGGUGCUGCUGGACCGCCUGCUGCUGCAGCAACAGAGGGACAGAUCCUGUCUGAUACAGAUCUUGUUGGCUCUUGCUGAGCCAGAGGGUGCCCAGGAAAGAGGCCGUGGCAGAAAGCAGCCAACCUCCUUGGGAGCAGGUACAGCAAUGGAAGGAGUGAGAGAGAGCGAGAAACCAAGCGCUUACCCAGGUUUGCUUUCCCUGGAAGGAGGGACAGUGGAGACUGUGGUGUCUUUAGGAUAUAUGGCUUUAUUUACACAUUCUGCUGGGCCCGGGGGUUAACCCGAGCCACGCAGUUCAGGUUCUCCCGAAUCCAAGGAUUCCGUGAGGAGUCAGUCCAACAGGGCUAAGGCAGAAAACCAGGCUAGGUCAGUCACAGGGUCUCAGGUAGGCUCCAGCAAGCAGCAAUGUUGGUCCUGUAACCUGGGGCGGGGUCCGACCGCCUUUUAUCUCUGAUGGGGUAACAGCCGGUCCUGAUCCCCCGGUGACUCACCUCCCUGUCUUGCCCGAAGGGAUGGUUUCGCUUUUCCAAUUUCUCGCAAUUAGAAUCCUGGCUGCAGUUGUGGCAUACAUGAAUGGUGGUCUAACCUUCUUCUUAAUUUCUGUUGUCAUGAUUCCUAAUAAAAAGGCCUCCGGUCUUUUUAAGAUUAAAUGAGCAUUCAGAUAACUUCAACAAUGUAAAUAAGUUUUGAUGGAUGCAAUAAUGGAAUACUGAAUGGUAUAGUUUUUGUAAAAUAUGCAGGGAUUUAAGAUAUGUAAAAUGAACCAUGGAAAGAGAAGAAGGGAAGUCACUGAUAUCUUAAGAUGUAAAAAGGAGUACCGUAGUUUUUGCUCCACAAGACAUGCUUUUUUCCUCCUAAAAAGUAAGGGAAAAUGUCUGUGUGGUUUAUGGAGCGAAUGUGUGGUCGAUUGCUGGCUCUUGCCCAGGCCUCCAUUGUUGAAUGUUCUGCAGACAGAGGCUGUUUGUUUCCCCAGCGACAUGGGACUGUCUGGAAACUGUAGAAACGGCUCCCUUUCCUUUCCUAAAGAAGCUGCAGAACUGUGAGUUGAACCCCAUAAAAACAGGAUUUUUUUUCUCUUUGCAAAGUAAGCUCAACAACUUUGAGCUGAUCCUCAAAAAAUGGGGCUUUCCCCCUUUCCUCCUCUAAAAACUAUGUGCGUCUUAUGGUCAGGUGCAUCUUAUGGAGCGAGAAAUACUGCACUUUAAAUUGUAAAACAGAAAAUUUAAUGAAACACACACACACACACACACAACCACCCCAAAAAGUUCUCCCAUGGCCACAGCCUUAGAUUCAAGUAGAAACCAAUCAUGUCUCUCCAGCAGAGGCUUCAGCCAGCAGCCUCCUAUCAGCUCCUAGCUCUCAGACACACUCAACUCUGGCUUUUGUCCUUCUAACUGCCAGCUGGUUGGGGGAGCAUGGAUUUGAACCCUGGUCUCUCCCAGCUGCUGGCCCGGCACACAAACCCCCACGUCACACCAGCUCUGACUUUCUGUUUUUGUUUUUUUUAUAAAUAAUAUUUAUUAGUUUUCCAACAAAUUUAACACAACACUACAAAAAACCCAAAAGAAAAAAAAUACAAUACAAUACAAUACAAAAUAAAAGAAACAAACAAAACAAAACAAAAACCAUUUAAAACACAAUCCAGUUUCAACAUCUUAUCUUUCUUUCCCUUAUUUCCUCGACCUCCUCACACCUCCCUUUUUGUAUUCCACUUCUGUUAAUUGUUUCAGCAAUUCCUUUCCAUCUUCCUCUGUUUUCUAUCCUAUAAUUGUCUUAACACAUUCUAACCAUAUUUUUCCCUUUAAAGCUCUAUUAAUCUAUUUAUACUUAAUUCCUUAUAGCAUUUCUACUAAAGCCAUAUAACUUCAUUCCAACGUUUUUCUAACAUUCAUUAAUUUUACAGUAUUUCUGUAAAUAGUCUUUAAACUUUUCUCAGUCUUCUUCCACCGACUCUUCCCCCUGGUCUCGGAUUCUGCCAGUCGUUUCCGCCAAUUCAGCUCUGACUUUCUGUUGGCACUUUUGCCUCUCGCUCCCCUCGCCCGUUGGAGCCUGUAGUGAGCUGGACUAUCCACACAGACACCCCAACCAUUCUUCCUAGACACCGGCAGGACUUGGCCAGGAAAGGGGAGAGAUCGCUGGUUGUUGCAAAUCACAAGCCAAACGGCAAAGCUGCCUCCACCUCUGUUCCCGGACCACCCUCGAACGGGGUUCAAGAAGGAGAAUCCCCCUUCAAUAUUUACCAGGUUUGCCCAGCCCUGAGUCACUUUACCGUGACGCAGACAGAAAUUCAACAGGUAGGUGUCCAAACGGUAAGGCACCAGUUUAGCUUCCCCGAGCAAAGGCACAGAGUUGUUGUUCUUUAGUCAUUUAGUCGUGUCUGACUCUUCAUGACCCCCUGGAGCAGAGCACACCAGGCACUCCUGUCUUCCACUGCCUCCCGCAGUUUGGUCAAACUCAUGCUGGUAGCUUCAAGAACACUGUCCAACCAUCUUGUCCUCUGUCGUCCCCUUCUCCUUGUGCCCUCCAUCUUUCCCAACAUCAGGGUCUUUUCCAGGGAGUCUUCUCGUCUCAUGAGGUGGCCAAAGUAUUGGAGCCUCAGCUUCAUGAUCUGAAAAGACAAAAACGUCCUUUUCCAAGUUUAUUGAACAAGCUGCUCAAAAAGUUGCACAUUUCUUAGAAGGUUACAAACAAAAAUUAAAAACUUUGUAAAAUAUAACUAUCUGGGAAGCGGGUGGCGCUGUGGGUUAAACCACAGAGCCUAGGACCUGCCAUUAAGAAGGUUGGUGGUUCGAAUCCCUGCGACGGGGUGAGCUCCCGUUGCUCGGUCCCUGCUCCUAGCAGUUUGAAAACAUGUCAAAGUGCAAGUAGAUAAAUAGGUACCACUCUGGUGGGAAGGUAAACGGCGUUUCCGUGCGCUGCUCUGGUUCGCCAGAAGCAGCUUAGUCAUGCUGGCCACAUGACCUGGAAGCUGUACGCCGGCUCCCUCGGCCAGUAGAGCGAGAUGAGCGCCGUAACCCCAGAGUCGGCCACGACUGGACCAAAUGAUCAGGGGUCCCUUUACCUUUACCUUAAAAUAUAACCAGCUAAAGCUAUACUCACACAGCAACAAUAGCUCAUCUCGCUUUAUUGGCCGAGGGAGCCGGUGUACAGCUUCCGCGUCAUGUGGCCAGCAUGACUAAGCCACUUCUGGCGAACCAGAGCAGUGCACGGAAAUGCCGUUUACCUUCCCACUGGAGCAGUACCUAUUUAUCUACUUGCACUUUGACGUGCUUUUGAACUGCUAGGUUGGCAGGAGCUGGGACCGAGCAAUGGGAGCUCACCCCGUCCCGGGGAUUCGAACCGCCAACCUUCUGAUCAGCAAGCCUUAGGCUCUGUGGUUUAACCGACAGCGCCACCCGCGUAUGUGAGGCUAAACACCCAUUCCCCCAGAAGGCCACAAUUUUAUCUCUCCCACAAUGCCUCACUCCUGCGUGAACCAACGUUUGGCGUACCAGGAUUUCCCAAGUUCACUACAGAGCCCUAAGCAAACUCGUCUCCCUUCCUCUCCCCGUAAGACGUCGCCUUUUGCCUGUCUUGCCCCACAGAGCGCAGCAGAGAGGACCCGUCGCCGGCCUUGUGCGAGGCCAUCGCCCGGAUGCUGAAGCAGCCGGGGAGAGCCAGCGGGGCGGAGGGGACAUGGCAGGACGGUGCCGUCGCGGUGCUGGUGGAUCUACAGCGAGAGCAGCAGGAGGAGCUCAGCCGCACCCUGGAGAGUCUGUCUGGGAUCCCGAGCGACAGGGUGAGCGAGACGUGGAGGGUGGGAAGGGGGAGCAGAGCCAGUAGCCUCACUCCAAGGACCCCAAAAGAUUCAGGGCCCAUGAAACGAACAAUAGAACCAUAGAACUGUAUAGAGUUGGAAGGGACCCCAAGGGUCAACCGCCCGCAAUGCGGGAAUUUCGGCUAAAGCAUCCAUGACAGAUGGCCGUCCAACCUCUGCUUAAAAACCUCCAAGCAAGGAGGAGAGUCCACAACCUCCCCCUGCUGGACUGCUCUUGCUCCAAGUACAACAAUGUGAUGUCAAUAUAAACUCUUUAUAUAAUCUAUACAGAACAUUGCACAGUAUGAAAUAUAUGAAAUGCACUCUCUGCAAAACCAAAUAAACAGAGAUCACUACUCCAUAGCAAUUCCAUGAAACAGCAGGUAUAUCCGAAAUCACUGUUCACUACGUCUGCUUGCAGACCACUUUGGCAGCGUUGGACGUCAUAAAAAAAAGCUUUACGGCUUGUUUUCACCAGAUAAGAAUCUGACCCAUUGCUUCUCUCAGAGACUUGCAUAGUCUAUAAAGACUUUCAGAGUCUUAUAAGACUUUCAUUUCGUUCUAUGCUUUCAAGAGAAUCCACCAAGAGUGCAUAUUUUGUGACUUUCAGAGAUUUAUAAGAUUUCUGUUUAUUUGGUUUUGCAGAGAGUGCAUUUUAUAUACCGUAUUUUUUGCUCCACAGGACACACUUUUUCCCUCUUAAAAACUAAGGGGGAAAGUUUGUGCCUCCUAUGGAGCGAAUGCAGGGGGGAGGCAGGCAGGAAAAGCCCCCAAGAGCCGCACACAAGCUCCGCGCGGCUCUUGCGGGCUUUCCCCAGGAGGGAGAAGGGACCGCGGCUCCCGGACCUGUUUUGGGGGCUGGGGUCGGGGGAAGCUCAGGCUUCCCCCACCCCAGCCCCGUCCCGUGGCUAAAAAGGAGAAGCCUGAAGCCCCCGGAGCGCAGCGCGAACUGUCGCUGCGCUCUGGGGGUUUCAGGCAGCUAUCCUCAAGCCUUCGGAGAGCAGCGGGAGUUCUCGCUGCGCUCCGAAGGCUUGCGGAUAGCCGCCUGAAGCCUGGAGAGCAGGAGGGGUCGGUGCACACUGAUCCCUCUUGCUCUCCUGGCUUCGCUUCGCUGGAGAGGCACUGCGCAGCUUUCCCUCUCUGUGCAGCGCCCCUUCAGUGAAGGGGGAGGAAAAAUGGAAGGGGCUCCGUUUCUCCUACCGCUUCGCUGAAGGGGCACUGAGCACAGAGGGGGAGAAUUCCCCGCCCCUGUUCUCCCCCUCCUAUGGUCCGGUGCGUCCUAUAGAGCAAAAAAUACGGUAUUUCAUACUGUGCAAUGUUCUGUAUAGAUUAUAUAAAGAGUUUAUAUUGACAUCGCAUUGUUGUACUUGGUCAUCGUGUUGCCUUGGAUAUUACAGAUAUAUUGUUUGCAACACAGGGGUUAAAUUAUUUGGUUACUUUUCCGCUAGGAAACAGAGAUCCCACGUCACACAGCAUUGCAGGCCACCCUCAUCUCUGCCAAGGGGUGGCAAAAUUCCAGGGAUCUUGGCCCUGAACCAGAGUCUGUGUUCCUUUGGAAGGAGGUACAGCAGAGACUACAGUCUUUUAGAAAUAUGGUUUAUUUUGCACACGUUUACAACCUGGGUUUUAAUGCUGAGAAGCAAUUCACAUAGCAUGAAAGGGAACCUGAGGGUUAUUGAGUCCAACCCCCUGCAAUGCAGGAAUCACACCACAUGGUCCCCCAUCCAAUCUGUCACCAUACUGGACCCUGCUUAGCUUUGCAAACGCGCUAGCAGUUUCAUUGCUGCGCCACCAGCUGCACACAGCUGCUCCCCUUCAGUUCCCACAUUACUUAGCUGCAGUUCUUGCAACUUAGCUCGUUCUUUUGGGAUUCUGGCGGGAACACUUACGAUAUGAUACGAUAAUCUUCAUUGUCAUUGUCCCAUACAGAACAACGAAAUUGAAAAAAAUCUACAUAAGACAUUCAAAAACCAACAAGCCUGCUAUCCCAACUAUCCCAGCCUGGUUAGCCCCCUAAAAACUCUGAUACCCCAUAAUUGAAUACAAUAUAUUCCCAUAGAGACUCCUUACACUGCGUUUAAAACCAAAAUUGCAUUUGGAUAGAAACUGUUUCUCAGGCAGCUAGUCCUAGUCUUUAUAACCCUGGGCCUUCUUCCAGAAGGCAGAAGCUGAAAGAGAUCAUUUCCGGGGUGCGCACUAUCCUGCGCUAUCUCUGCAGCUUUCUUAUGGCACCUGGAAGCAUAGAUUUGAUCUAAGGUGGGAAGAGUGCACCCAAUUAUUCUCUCCGCAGUCUUGACAACCCUGGACAGCACUGUUUUUCUCCUGACCGUGCAGCUCCCAAACCACACACACAGACCAUAAGUUAAUACACUCUCCGCAGUACAAUGGUAAAAUGCCAUCAGCAGGUCCUUUGAGAGAUUAUUUUCCCAGAGGAUUCUCAGAAAAUAUAACCUCUGCUGUGCUCUCUUCAUCAGGUCUUUGCUGUUAGGUCAUCUCUCAACUCCAUUCCCAGAAAUCGAAACACCGAGACCUGUUCCACACACUUCCCCUCAAUAAUGAGUGGCUGAAUAUUCGAUUUACAUUUCCUAAAGACCACAAUAAUAUCUUUUGUUUUCUUUAAGUUAAGGAGUAACACUUAGGUGGCCAGCUGAGGCCCUUGUCUUACAUAAGAGCUUGCCUGGCUAGUUCAGCAACAGAAUCCUCCACUGGAUUCUAACCCUCACUGGGUGCAGGACCCCAGGAAUGGGAAGGGAGCCAGGAGAUCAUCCAUACUGACCCCACAAGCCCACAGCAAUAGGUGACUCGGUCGCUCAGGCUCACCACUUGCCGUCUCACCCCCAGGAGGGAGCUGCUUGCCCUGCCCUCUUUGAGAAACUCCUCGCCCGACUGCAAGAAUCACCCCUGACGUCUCUGGUCCGGGAUUUGCAGCCCGCCUCUCCCCAGGAGCAACAGCGCUCCCUCCGCCAACGGGUAAGUCUGAAAGCUCACCCACCCACUUACGAAGCGGGGCCCAAGGCAUGGGGCAGUGCCAUGGUGUGGGAAGAUGGAAGUGUUGCAGUCAGCUCCAUCUGGUACGCAGGAUGAGACCCCACCUGCCCGCAGACUGUCUGGCCAGAGUGGUGCAUGCUCUGGUUAUCUCCUGCUUGGACUACUGCAGUGCGCACUAUGUGGGGCUACCUUUGAAGGUGUCCUGGAAACUGCAACUAAUCCAGAAUGCGGCAGCUAGACUGGUGACUGGGAGCGGCUGCCAAGACCAUAUAACACCGGUCUUGAAAGUCCUACAUUGACUCCCAGGAUGUUUCUGAGCACAAUCCAAAGUGUUGGUGCUGACCUUUAAAGCCCUAAACGGCCUCGGCCCAGUAUACCUGAAGGAGCGUCUCCACCUCCAUCGUUCUGCCCGGACACUGAGGUCCAGCUCCGAGGGCCUUCUGGCGGUUCCCUCCCUGCGAGAAGCCAAGUUACAGGGAACCAGGCAGAGGGCCUUCUCAGUGGUGGCUCCCGCCCUGUGGAACACCCUCCCACCAGAUGUCAAAGAGAAAAAUAACUACCAAACUUUUAGAAGACAUCUGAAGGCAGCCCUGUUUAGGGAAGCUUUUAAUGUUUAAUAGAUUGUUGUAUUUUAGUGUUUUGUUGGAAGCCGCCCAGAGUGGCUGGGGAAACCCAGCCAGAUGGGUGGGGUAUAAAUAAUAAAUUAUUAUUAUUAUUAAUAUUGCAACCUCAGGUGCAUGGGACCCAUCAGGAGUUACUGGGCUGUAACUUCCAGCAGCCCCAGAAGUCGGCUGUACACAGAUUUGGAAUUCCGUGUACAAAAGUUUCAGAUAAGGUCAUCCAAAACAAGCAAGGGGGUGGAGCAACUCCCCUAUGGGGAGAGGGUGCAAUAUUUGGGGCUUUUUUAUUGAUGUACAAAAAACCCCCACAGAACCCUUUUCAUGUAUGCAACCACAGCGGCGAGGAUUUUAAUAGCAAAAAACUGGUAAGGUGAUGUAAUCCCCACAAAAACUGAUUGACAAGCGAAGAUGAUAGAAUACAGUGGACGCUUGGGUUGCGAAUGUGAUCCGUGCGGGAGGCACAUUCGCAACCCGCAAUGCUGCGUCUGCGCACACGCAAGUUGUGAUUCGGCGCUUCUGCGCAUGCACAAAGUGCGAUUUAGCACUUCUGCGCAUGCGCGACCGCCAAAACCCAGAAGUAACCCGUUCCGGUACUUCCAGGUUUUGGCGGGUCCAUAACCCAAGAAAAUGCAACCUGAAGCGUCUGUAACCCGAGGUAUGACUGUAUUCAGAACUUGCAAGGAUGACUGGGAGAAUAAGAGGAGAUUCUAACCAGAAAUUUAGUGAAGAUUGGACAAUGUUCAAAGAAUAUCUUUAAAAGUACUGACAGAUUUUGAUUGAAUCUUGACAUUUAAGGAAAUUAUAAAGUAUGUAUAACGUUUGUUGCACUUGUAACUUGUUUAGAGUUGUACAUUUAUCCACUCUGUGUUUACAGUAUCUCCAGGCUUUGUUUUGCACAUGUAUGUUUGUUGCUUGAAUGUUUACAAGUCUAUCUCCAUUUUAGCUAUUAUUCUAGUAAAUUUGGUUUUAUAUGUAUAAACCAGAUUAUGGAUUAUGGGUUUUGUAGACCUGCAGGGCCCCCACGCUGCCUGUCCCUGCCAGAGAGAUAACAGAUCCAGAAAUGCUGAUUCCUCAAUAUUCAUUUCCAGAAGGAGGAGGUGCUCACAUCUGGUUUUAUGGGACUUCAUUGAAUCUUUAACUUUGAUUUGAUUUCUAGGGAACUCUGCAGACGGAGCGGGAGUUGCGCCUCACCCAGGAACCGUCCCCAUCUGAAGGAGAAGCACUUACUGCAGAUGAGAUACCUGAGAGAGAAGGCGAGCCUUUGCGGAGGAAACCGGAGACUUCUCAACACGAGAAGCAAAAAGGAUUUCAAGAUUCAGAGGCCCCUCAGGGCUCCGUAGCUCCUGGAGGCAACCGGAACCUCCCUCAGGACAAAGAGAUUCAGGCUGAACAAGGCCUUCUGCUCCAGGAGUUGAGUCCUGAUACCUUAGAGACACAGGUUGCGCUGCUGAGGAAAUCAAAAUCCCUGGGGUCUCUGGAGUUCCUGUUGAGCCAGGAUUCGCUGCCCCAUGGGUUGUGGGAUGUGGAAAUCCCUCAGCAAACACCACAUGGAGGACUGGAGAUGGCCCACCUCCCAGGAGCGCAGGGUAGGGAGAUGGAAGCCGUAGAUGCCCAAACUCAUGGUGACCUCCAGUAUAUUCCACAGAGGGAAACAGAAGCCCUUCAAGAAAACGAAACGAGGGAAACGUCAGAUCUGGAACCUCAGCGGGAGCCCCUUGCGUCUGGGAAACCAGUAGUCGCACACAGUGAGAGGAGUCAAAUAGCCUUUCACACCCAGGGCACACAGUUCCCCGAACCCCCAGAAUGGAGAGAGUCAGAGGCUACUCCAUCGUGGGACGUCCUUCAGACCCACAAAGAUGUCCACAAGGAGUCCCUGGAUCCAGACGCGAGACAUGUCAAGAUUCCGUGCCAGCAGGACCUGAGGUUUCCAGAGCUCUCCCAACUCCAGAGGUUUCUCCGGAAGAAAUCAAAAUCUCUUGAGCCCCAGCUUUUAUCCAGGGCAAGGCCAUGGGGGUCACCACAGAUUCAGCAGGAGGUAUGUGGACCUCAGAAAUGUGGAUAUCCUCAAGCUCUUCAGCCCCAGGAAUGGGAAGUUGAGGGAACUUCACAGGCAGAGAAGGAAGGUCUGAGGAGCCAUGAUUUGAGGGCGGGUCCGCAGCGUCAAAAGUUCCCAGAAAGCCGUGACGCACUCGUUCAGGUCCCAGAGCCGUUGAGUCUUGAAUCUGAGGAGAUGGCAAAGUUACAGGGUGUGAGGCAGCUGGAAGGCCUUCACAUCCCAGGAGGACCUCAAGGAAGGUCCCAUGGUUGCCUGCAGCAGGAACAGGAGCUGACCCAAGCUGAGGAGAAGACGGAGGGCUUGGAAACCCCACAAGGCCAGCAAGGACCAGAACUUUCACAUCCUGAAACCCCUCCUCACUGCAGGAAUCUGUGGAGGAAGUCAAAGUCUCUUGAGCUGAGGAGGUCGUGGGCUUUUCAACCCCAGGAACUGAGGGAGCCGCAUGUCGCUGGCACCCAGCCCCUGCACCCACAAAUGGGUGCAGGAGCUGUUCAGGCUCAAGAUUGCCAGGAACCAGAGGACUUUGAGGCGAAGAAAGCAAAGAAGGAACAACAGAGCCAUCAGGAAUUUCCUCAGGAGGCCUUUCAAGAGCAAGGGAUGGUCCAGAAAGGGGUGAGGGUUACUAGGCCUCAAAAUGUGAACGAAGCACAGGACUUUUCAUCUGAGGGAGCAAAGGGUGUCAUACUUCCACAAAGGCAGACACAGGUUCCUCAGUCCCCAGAGCGCAGAAGUCCAGAAUCUCCGCCUCUUCUGUGGAGAAUUAUGUGGCAGAAGGCAAAAUCGUUUGAGAUGAGGAAAAAAGAUGUCUUUCUGAGUUCAAGGCCGCGACCAGAGGCUCCAAAGCCGAGCAUACUUUAUCGUCAGAAGAUGAAGGAAACCUUGGUGGGACAAUCAGAUGUUCUCACCCAAGGACAGAGACAAGAAAUGUCUCAAGAAAUGAGGGAGAGGGAAACCCGUCUAGUUGAAAAAUCUCCACAGAGAAGUCAACAAAUACUUCAGAGCGAGGAAAUUUCCAAGAGGGAGCUGGGAUGGCCUAGACAUUCAGGAGAAUCACAGCCCUGUGACACGAAGAGUCUGGAAGACUCACAGACUCCAGAGACUGUGCCACAAAAAGAGAUGUGGGGUCCUCAGCCCCAGAGAGACCAGAAACCAGAGUCUCCUCCUCUUCUGUGGGGGGCUCUGGAACUGAAGUCAAAAUCUUUUGAGAUGAGGAAAUCAGAAGAGCACAAGCUGAAGAAGUCACUGAUGGUUCUGUCACAGAGAAGACCACCGGUGGGACCAGAAACUCAUAGGCCCCAGGGAUGGAAUGCUCCAGAUACUUGUACUCUUCAGGAACUGAGGGAAGAUCAGGCCUCUCAGGCCCAGCCAGAAAAUGGAGCAUUGCCAGCUCAGAGGGCUCCACCUGAGAGGUUAUGUGGUCCAGUUCUAAGGGAGAGGGAGACCUUUCCAGGUCAAGAAACAAGGGAGCUGGAAGCACACCAAGACCAGGGAACCCUACUGAAGAAGACAACAGCUUCUGAGAGCCAGGAAGCACAACAACAACAAAGAGAGCUGGAGCCAUCAGAGGACCCAGGGACGGUUUCACAAAGAUCGGGGGCUCCACAGGCCCCUCAGCCUGACAAAAAGAAGUUUCCAGAAAUGUCUCGGGCCCAGAGAAUGCCCGAAAUGGUUCUCCAGCCUGAGGAACACAGAAGCCUGGAAUCUCCACCUCUCCUGUGGAGGAUCCUAGGACUGAAGGCAAAAUCGUUCGAGCUGAGGAGGCCACGUCCCUUUCAGACCCAGAUCCAGAGAGAGAAGGAUGCUUCUUAUGGGCAGCAGGGACAAAUAACCUCCCAGAGCCCCCAAAUCCUAAAAGAACCAAGGAGAUCACAGGCCACCCAAACAGACAUAGGGAAUGAUGGCACACAGCCACAGUCAGGGCCAGAAGGGAACCCAAGGGUUCCUCAGCAUCAGAAACGUAGCAGUCCAGAAACACCUCCUCUUCUGUGGUGGGCCUUGGAGCUGGCCCAGCAAGAGACACAACAUUUGUCGGUCUCUCCUCAGCCCCAGGAAACAGAAAUGUCCCCAGCAGCCCAACUCCAGAGGGUGCUACAGCCAGAGGCCCAGAAGUUGAAGAAACGUGCGCACCAAAAUAUUGUUUAUCCCCAGGAACCAAAGGAACCAGAAACUUCUCAGGUGCUGGAGAAGGAAAAGAAGGCCCCCAAAUCUCCACAGCCUCAGGAAACUCUCCCUGAGGUGGACUCCAAGUUGCCAGCUUCACAAGGCUUGGGGUCUCAAGGCUUGCGGAGGGCAGAAGCAACUCAAACCCCCAGGAAAACCCCUCAGGCCCGUGAUGUGCUGAAGGAGACAAGGGCUGUUCCUGUCCAGAAAUCUCCACUGACAGCAAAAGGUCCCCAAGAUGUGAAGAGAUCCCCAAAGACGCAGGAGAAACGGGGGUCUUCUCUGCCACAAGGAAAAGGGCCCAAAAUGUGUGGCUCCUACAAAGUUGGCUGCUGUCACGUUCAUCCAUGCCAGGAACUCCAGGGGUGUGAUACAAAAGAUUGUGGUCCCUCAGGUGAGGCGCAGUUCCAUUCCCGAAAGGAGCUGAGGCUGGAAAGGGCUGAGGCUCUAGGGAGGAUUGAAGAUAAUGGUUGCUCAGCCCUAGAGGGACACAAUAGGACUGAAUGUCUCCUGCCCCCAGGAAGAUUACUAGGAAAAUCAAAGUCUCUUGACCCAAGAGAUCUUCAGACCCAGAAGCCACAGAAACUGAGGGAGCAGGAGUCCCUUAGAGUUCAAAGGCAGCCAGAGACCACAGCCUUUCGGGUUCAGGAAGAUCUCCAGAUGAAACCAAAAAGCGAGACUCAGACCUUUGAAUCUCAGGAAGAGAGAAGUCUGGAGGCCUCAGAGGCCCAGAGCACAUCACGGUCAUCUCAGCCUCAGGGACCAGGUGCAGAAAGCCCUUCUCAUCUUCAGAGCCGCUUGGAGAGAGCGUCUGAAUCCCGUGAGCUGAUGGGGCCACCUGAGAGCUCACCACAUAGAGAUCCUGAGAACCUCAAGCUCCAGGGAACUGUGGAUCCCAAGGGACAUUGUGAAUCACAGUGCUGUGGGGUCAAGAUGGAUGACCUGCACUCUGAGGUGGAAGGCACCCUGGGAAGAUCUUCCCAAACUUUCCAUGUGCAAGAAACCUUUCAGCUUCAGGCAGCUCUGCUAAGGAAAUCAAAGUCUCUCGAGCCCCAGGAACUGUCAAGAUCACACACUUUUGGGUGCCAGGCUUCAAAGGAACUAGAAACUCCCCAGUCUCUGAGAUACGCAGAGGGUUGUCCUCAGGUCCCUGAGAACCAAGCGCUGGAAAACAUCACAUCUUGUGAAACUACACAGGCGAUGAAGAACCUUCUGCAGGACACAUCGGUUGCAAAGAAUGAAGAUGGAUCUUCUGUGCAGAAGAUGUUGAGAGACAAGGAGGUCUCACACCUUCAGAAGCUUGGACAGAAGGAUCUAGGCGCCACCAAUGAAACGCAGGAAGACAACCAACAGCUCCAAGGGCAGAAAGAAAAUGAAGACCUCCAACCACCAGGAGCUCCACAGACGGAGCAGAACCCUCUGGAGAUCCAAGGGCUUUUGCAAAGGGAUCUGGAGGGCAUUGGUCCACCAGAUGCAAGGCAACUGUGUCUUCUUCAGCUUGAGGAAAGCUUGAUGGAGGAUGAGACGUCCCAAGCUGAACUGCCUUUAUCACAUAUGGAGACCAAAGACCUCCCACCUUGGCUGGGUCUGGGGAAAUCAAAGUCUCUUGACCCGAGGGAACUCCAGGGAAAGGAACUAGGAGAUCCCACUAACCUGCAAAACAUGGGUAUCUCCAAGUCGUGCCACCCACAGAGACAAGGUGAGCUGGAACCUCAGGAUUUAAGAGGAGCAGCAGUCCUCCAUUCAGGAACCCUUCAGGAACUUCCUCCAAAUCACAUACAGGGCCCUCAAUUCCAACCAGAACUUGAGUGUGGGACCCAGAAGACUGGACAGGUGGAGAAAGAGCCUCCCCAAGUGCAGGGGUCACUGAGAAACAGGGGAGGGGUUCUUUCUUCCCAAGAACUGAAGGGUGCCCAGAUUUUCCACUCCAAAGAAUGUGAAGAGCUGGAGGAGCUUCCCCUCCAGAAAUCUUCUCAGAGCGAGACUCUUCAGAUUCAGGGGUUUGUGCAAAGGGAAGCAGAGCCCCAGGAACUGGUGGAGCCUCAGUCUCUUGAUCCUCAAGAAAAGAGGGAGGUGCAAAGCCCUCCGCUCCUGAGAAACCUGCCGAGGAAGUCUAAGACACUUGGGCACUGGACCCCAACAAGGGGAGAUGGUCUUGUCCACAGGCCAGAAAGCCCUCGUGACCAACCGGUGAAGGAGCCGCUUCAGGGACUCGUGGGGCAGAAGUCACAAAACACUCAAGGGCAAAGUCAACUGGACCAGAGAACACUGGACAUUGCUGAAGGGACUCCAGGGAGUCUUGACUCCCACAGAGAAGGUUACAGAAUGGAGGCGGAGAGCAUCAAAUCCCCCAGAUCUCUACCUGUGAGCCAGGACUUCCUUCAGGAGCAAAGAGAUGAGAUGAUCGUAGCUCAGCCAGUCAGUUUGCCCCAGUCCCUUCCUCCUCACAAGGCCCCCCAGGUCGAUCUUGAGCAGCUCCCGGAACUGGAAGGGUUCUACCAUGAACUGGAAGCUCUUCAGCCCCAAGGGCUGAGGACUGGGGAGGCCCAACAGCCACAAGAAAACAGGGAUUUUGGUGAACCAGAGAAGCAAGCGGCAACUGAACCCCAGGGAACCAUGGGCCUUGAGAUCCCUCAGGAGUGGAGAGGUUCGGAGUCCCACCAGCCUCCAACAACAGAUCAGGAGGCCACUGAGACACGUGAGACACGGCAAGGUCAGCAGAUGAUCCCUCAGCCUCCCCCAAGCCAGAAGGGAGUUGAGGGGCCUUGUCAGCCCCCAGGAAGACGUGUGAGAUCGCCAAAGCUGAAGGCACCUCAGAAAAUCCCGGGGCAAGAAUGUUCACCAGAGGCAUCUGCCGAGGUUCCAGGGGUGAGCGAACCCCACGUUUUCCAGUCCCAGGAAAGCAUGGAGCCACAGGCUGAGUGGGGUUCCCUUAAAGCUGAGGGGAGCAUGGCCCAGCUGGAACCCGCACCCACAGAGCCCCACGAGCAGCCUCGCUUGGAGUUGUGGGGAGUUCUGCUGGGGAGGUCCAAGUCUCUUGACCCUCAGGAGUUGACGAGAACACAAGACCUUGAGGACACCCGGGGAAUGAGGAGGGCAGGAGAAGACCCAUGUUCUCAGGACAGCGAGAUGCCCUCACCCCGAGAGCCACCAACCUACCAGCCGCAGCAAGCUCUUCAGCCCCACAGCAAUUUCCCAAACCGUCAGGGAACUCCCGAGGAAGUGCGGGACCCAAACACCCUUUUCUGCCAGAAUCUGAGAGAACCCAAGGUCCAUGGCAUGGGUGAUCAUUUCCAGGCGGAAGACGGGGUGGAGCGCCAUCUCCCAGAAGGCGCGAAGCUGUGCCGGGUGUGCAGGCAACAGGAGCUCCAAGGAGAGGUGGGAGCCCUUGAUUCUCAAGGGACGGAAGGACCACGGGCUUUUCAGAGUCAGGAACAGAGAUUGAAGGAAGCCUUGCCAGCUGAAGGACCUCAACCAAGGAUGCUCUCAGCCCCUGGGAUGCACCACUCGGACCAGGGAGAUCUGGAGCCUGGAGCGCUGAGCAGAAGGCUGGAGGCAUCUCCCCUGUGGGAGCAGGCCCCCAUUGGCACCUGGAAGCCCACCGCCAUGGCCAUGCUGUCUCCCCCCAGCCCUGGAGAACGUGACGAAGAGCCCGUGUGGACUCCAGCAGCUCUUGCUGUGGGCCUGUCCAGAGAGAGCUCCAUCUGCAUAGCCCAGCCCGAGAGGCGCUCUGGAGUGUCUUGGGUAAGGAGGAGUGUGGGGCAGGUGGGAUCGGGGUCUGGUUUAGGGCACAGAAGUGGGGCGGCUGUGUUGCUGGAGGAAAGGGGGAAGCAAGUAUGGAUAUAGGACUUUGAUGGCUGGUGCCCACUGGGAGUGGUAGGGUGGCCCAGCAGUUGAUGGCACCAGAGACAAUGCUAAAAGGUAAAGGUAAAGGACCCCUGACAGUUAAGUCCGCUCGCGAACGACUCUGGGGUUGCGGCGCUCAUCUCGCUCUACUGGCCAAGGGAGCCGAUGUUUGUCUGCAGACAGUUUUUCCGGGUCAUGUGGCCAGCAUGACUAAGCCGCUUCUGGGGAAACCAGAGCAGCGCACAGAAACGCCAUUUACCUUCCCGCCAGAGUGGUACCUAUUUAUCUACUUACACUUUGCUGUGCUUUCGAACUGCUAGGUUGGCAGGAGCAGGGACCGAGCAAUGGGAGAUCACCCCGUUGUGGGGAUCCGAACCGCCGACCUUCUGAUUGGCAAGCCCUAGGCUCAGUGGGGUUUAGACCACAGCACCAAUGGUGGACUGAGCCAAAUAAUUGCCACCUCCUGGAUUUGUUGGAAGCGAGAAGGAAGGGACAGAGCUGUGCACCCCUUUGAUGGAGAUAAAUUGAGGAUUAAAUCUAUAAAAUGUAAUUUAAACCUCCUAUCCCACAUGUGUGGGGAGAAAUAUGAAAGUAAACAGACUGCAAAUCCCUUUUAGCACUUAUGCACUUUUGCAGCUUCCUGGAAGCUAGGAAUUAGAAAAUCAAACCUUUUAACCCUGCUUAUUUGUGGUCUGCUGACCUUUCCCCCCUCUGUCCCCUUUGCUAAGAAUGAACCGCAUGUUUUAGUAAAAACAAAAGGUUUACUUACAUUUCAAUGCAGGCAGCAAAUACAUCGGAGUAGUAUGCAGGUGAAAAUUCUCCUUUGUUACAAAAUGCAAAAUUAGUUUCCAAAAUGAAGUCUGGGCUCUAAGAGGAGCCCUCGCUUGAAAGAAGAGAGGGAGAGACUGAGGCAAGGAGGAAGGAGAAAUGAUUAAGAUCUUUUGUCCUAUUUUCUGCCACAAGGUAUAGGGUGCAGGGCUGUCUUCUCCAGCAAUACAGGAACUCUGUGAAUCUUAAACUCUCCACAGGCUUAUUUAACAAACUUAAUGGUCAUUAUGACUGCAGAUUUCCCCACCCCUCCUACCAGCCCUACUGCCCCAAGAGGGUUGCCCCAUUGCCACUGCUGAAGCAAGCUUACCACAGGCAGCAAAAUGUCUUGGGCUGGCCCCAAUCCCACCCUGUCUUGAUUCCUUUCUCUGCACCGUACCAGGAUGGCGAAGUUGACAUGAGUUCCACUGUCUCCAUGAUUUCUCCGUUCUGGGAGGAGCCAACUGCUUACUCUGAGGCAGACAGCGGCUCCAGGGCGAUGGCAGGCAGCUCCCGCAGUGCGGCUGCGGAAGAGGCAGGUGGGCACCAGGUAAGGAAAAUGCAGCCUUUGCUUUUAUUGAUCUCACACCGUAAAUUUUCUGAGUCAAGGAGGGAGAAGGUUUUUGGCCUGGGGGCCACAUUCUCUCCUUCAGGGGCCACAUAGUGUGUGGGGUGUGUGUGUGUGUAUGUAUGUCAUAGCUGUCAACUUACAGAUUUGAAAAUAAGGGACCAGCAGCCUCAAAAAUAAGGGUUCAGCAACCAAAAUAAGGGAUUUUCCAGGCACAGCUAUGUUCAACUUCUGAGCCCCUCUGAGCCAAAGGCAGAAAGCCCAGCCAGCAGCCAAACGAAGCCUCAAGCGGUGGUUCCCACAGCGCAGCAACCUGGCAAAGGGGAUGCAGCAAGGAAAACCACCGUCGCCUCUCCGCUGGGAAGCGCUGAGCAAAGGCGAGUCCCCAGGCAACGCGGCCGAUUUGAUCGGCACAAGGCAUGCAAACUCCACCCCCCAGUCGUUCUCCGACUCCUUAUUGGGUGAGCAACGCAGCCAAGCAACACAGUUGGAGCCUCCCUCCUCCCUGGCAGGGAGGGAGGGAGAGGAGCUGCUUCCUUUGAAACCCGGGAAAUUUAAGGGACAUCAUCAAUAAGAGAUCAGUGGGACAUGGCGCUGGGAUAAGGGAGUGUCCCGCCAAAUAAGGGACGGUUGACAGCUAUGGUGUGUGUGGGUGUGUGUGUGCAGGCACAAAAUUGGUCCAUGCCCCCCACAUCGACAUGUCAUCUUCGUAAAGUAGGCUGGUUUCUACAACUCACCUGUCCUUUCUGAGCUCCAUCCAGGCAGGUUCAAAGUUGGGUGGAAGUUAUUGAGGAAGAUAGAGGUCUGGCCUGGGGAGAAAGUGGGGUGAGAGUAUUUGGGGGGAUGAUUUCGUAAACCGGUUUGGUUACGGUGGGAAAUGCAGCUCAGGAUAUCUGGAAGAAGGGCCGGUCCUGAGAGGAGGCAGAGGGAGACCGUGGCCUCAAGCAGCAGAUGCUGAACUUUUGCCUCAGGCGGCAAAAUGUCUUGAGCCGGCCCUGUCUGGAAGGCCCCAGGUGUGUUGUGGGCGGGCUAGAACUUCCAGCACAGCGGCAGCCAACACGGAUCUUGCUGGACUACAACCCCCGUCCGCCCCAGCCAGCAGGCCCAAUGGUUAGGCAAGACAGAGGCUGGGAGUCCGGCCAACGUUUGGAGGGUGCGUUUGCUGCCCCUGCGCCGGUGGGGAGCUUUUCCUUUGGGGUACGGAAGACCUUCCUGACUUGCCUUUGCACCCCUCCACCUUGCCCCCUGCCCUGCCCCACAGCCUCCCCGCCCUCGCCCACCGUGCCGGGAGAAGGCCUUUGUGUGGCUCUCCCGCCAGGAGAAGGAGGCGGCUCUGCGGCGCUUGGCAGAACUUCAGGCCGAGGGAGAACGGCGGCACCAGCGGGACAAGGAGCGCCAGACCCUGCGGGUGAGACCAGGAGCAUGGCGGAGAGGCAGUCGGGGGACUCCUCUUGUUUCGAACCCAGCACCCUUGAAAUGCCCUGCUCAGGGGGGGCGUUAUGAUGGCUUUGCCUUCCAACGGCAGAAAGCACCAAACUCUGACUUGCUGUGCAUGUGCUCACACAGACCACCUCGUGUUUCGCAUGUGCAGGAAGGCGCCAGCUCUCCUUGACACAGCGCUUGCCAACAUAGCGCCCACUGGGUGACUACGACUCCCGUUGGCCAUGCUGGCUGGGGCUGGCAGGAGUCAUAGCUCCGAGUCUCUGGAGGGCACGAGGUUGGCGAAGGCUGCACUACCUAUGCUGUGUCCUAUCUGUGCACAGAUCUACGUAGAUAGUGUGGUGCAAUGGUUAGAGCAGUGGCUUCCAAACAUUUUAGGUCUGCCACCGUUUGUUCUAUAAACUCAUCUCCAGUUAUUCAGAGUAGCACGAACCACUAAGGAGAAUAAUAAAACUGAAAACGGUAACAAUUGCACAUUUAUUCAAAGCCCAGCAAAAGCUGUUCUAAUUAAUACAACAGAAUUGGUGAACCUGAUCCCAUGGUACCAGCUUUCUGGAAUAUAAUAAUAAUAAUAAUAAUAAUAAUAAUAAUAAUAAUAAUAGCCACUCUGGGCAGCUUCCAAGAGGAUAUUAAAAACAUGAUAAAAUACCAAAGAUUAAAAACUUCCCUAAACAGGGCGGCCUUCAGGUGUCUUCUAAAAGUCAGAUAGUUGUUUAUUUCCUUGACAUCUGAUGGGAGGGUGUUCCACAGGGUGGGCGCCACCACCGAGAAGGCCCUCUGCCUGGUUCCCUGUAAACUCGCUUCCCUCAGGGAGCGAACUGCCAGAAGGCCCUCGGAGCUGGACCUCAGUGUCCGGGCUGAAUGAUGGGGGUGGAGAUGUAAACCACCAGAAAAUGCUGAGACAAAUCCUCUCUUCCUUUUCAGUUCCAAGAGAGGCUGUCCAUCGCCAAACACCGCAAAUCUGAGGACGACCUUCUGGGAAGCAGUCCGGCGGAGUUCUGGCCUCUUCCAUCAGAGAACGAGGGCCAGGUGAGGCCAUUCCUCCGGGCUCAGGUCGGUUGUCUGUGGAUGCCAAGGUCGUUUGAGAAACAAUUAUAAUAAUAAUUUAUUAUUUAUAUCCUGCCCAUCUGGCUGGGUUUCCCCAGCCACUCUGGGCAGCUUACAGCAUAUAUAAAAUUGUAAAACAUCAGACAUUAAGAAUUUCCCAAUUCAGAGCUGCCUUCAGAUGUCUUCUAAAAGUUAUGUAGUUCGUUAUCUCCUUGACAUCUGAAGGGAGGGUCACAGGGCGGGCGCCACUACCGAGAAGGCCCUCUGCCUGGUUCCCUGCAACCUCACUUCUUGCAGUGAGGGAACCGCCAGAAGGCCCUUGGUGCUGGACCUCAGUGUCUGGACUGAACGAUGGGGGUGGAGACGCUCCUUCAGGUCUACUGGACCGAGGCCGUUUAGGGCUUUAAAGGUCAGCACCAACGCCAACGCUUUGAAUUGUGCUCGGAAACAUACUGGGAGCCAAUGCAGAUCUCUCAGAACCGGUGUUAUGUGGUCCCGGUGGCCACUCCCAGUCACCAGUCUAGCUGCCGCAUUCAGGAUUAAUUGCAGUUUCCGGGUCACCUUCAAAGGUAGCCCCACAUGGAGCGCAUUGCAGUAGUCUAAGCGGGAGAUAACCAGAGCAUGCACCACUCUGGCGAGACAGUCUGCAGGCAGGGAGGGUCUCAUCCUGCGUACCAGAUGGAGCUGAUAAACAGCUGCCCUGGAUACAGGAUUGACUUGCGCCUCCAUGGACAGCUGUGAGUCCAAAAUGACCCCAGGCUGUGCACCUGGUCCUUCAGGGGCACAGUUACCCCAUUCAGGACCAGGGAGUCCCCCACACCUCUCCCCCCCCUUCUGCCUCAGCUGCCAGCCAUGGCGACAGCUCUAACACAUUUGCCAUUUUUAUGGAGUACCCUUGAAACCAAAUCCCCGCUGGGGUCAUACCGCAAUGUGCCGCAUCAGAACUGCUUGCACCCUGCAGCGAGUCCAGAAAUACCCGUCCACAGAGGAAGGUGCCUGUUGUGUCUCUGCACGAUACAGGGGUUCUGCCUUCUGCCUCCUUCCCAGCAGCUCCUUCCCCAUCUCAGCAGAAGAGGUGACCUCGCUUCCGUCACUCCCAGUGCAGGUAUGCAACUGAACCGCUCGCCCAGGAAAGAGUGUGCCCACCGCAUCUCUGCACGGGACCCUGUUCUGAGUUUUCCAAUGUCAGGUUCUGGUUCUUGCAGAUUUACUGGGAUGGCUCCAUGGGUGGGUUUGGGUAUCAUCUUGCCUGGGCCAUGUCUGCAUCCUAAGAGACGUCUCCUUGGCAGCUGUGAGGGGAACCAGUGUAACUUUGCGUUUCCCGUUCCAGCAAGACCAGGCUGGACAGAAAACCGCAGUGAAACGUCACUUGGAGAAGGUGAAGAGAGAGCGGACCUAUGUCAUGCAGUCCAAGAGGGAGAGGUAAGGAAGGGGGGGGAAUCAAUAUCUGCCCUGGACCCCUAAUCUGUGUCUAGUUCUGUGCACCCCAGUUUAAGAAAGUGGAAAGAGAAGGGCCAGCAAGAUGAUAAAAUUGCUUAGGAACCAAGCCCAAUUGAGGGAGUUGGGGAUGUUUAGCCUGGAUACUGGAUGUUUAACCUGGGACACAGGUGGCGCUGUGGUCUAAGCCACAGAGCCUAGGGCUUGCCGAUCAGAAGGUCGGCGGUUCGAAUCCCCGUAACGGGGUGAGCUCCCGUUGCUCGGUCCCUGCUCCUGCCAACCUAGCAGUUCGAAAGCACAUCGAGUGCAAGUAGAUAAAUAGGUACCACUCUGGCGGGAAGGUAAACGGCGUUUCUGUGCGCUGCUCUGGUUUGCCAGAAGCGGCUUAGUCAUGCUGGCCACAUGACCCAGAAGCUGUACGCCGGCUCCCUCAGCCAGUAAAGCAAGAUGAGCGCCGCAACCCCAGAGCUGGCCACGACUGGACCUAAUGGUCAGGGGUCCCUUUACCUUUACCUUUAGCCUGGAUAAAAGGAGACCGAGAGGAGACAUAAGAGCCAUUUUCAACUAUCUCAAGGGCUGCCCCACAGAAAAGAGGCUAGGAUGUGGACCAAGUGAUUACAAGAAAGGAUACUGAACAUCAGGAAAGAACUUUCCUGGCCGUUCAGCACUGGAAAGGAUGAUCUCAAAGGGGGUGGACACUCCUUCCUUGGAGACUUUUAAACAGAGGUUGGUUGGCCACCUCUCCGGGAUUAUUCAGUUGUGAUUCCUGCAUUGCAGGGGUUGGGCUAGAUGUCCCUUAGGGUUCCUCACAACCCCACAUAUCUGUGAUUCUAUGAAAGGUGCCCAGGCUAAAAACGCAGGAGGAGCCCGGCUGCUGGCUCAGAACAAGAGUUCGUCCAGCCCGGCGUCAUUCUGGCAAUCUAGCAGCCUUCGGCGGAUUCGCACUACAGUUUCCGUCAGCCCCAGGCAGCGUGGUUGUGUAGCCUGCCGUGUCGGCGGGGGCUGAUGGGAAUUAUAGUUCAGACCACCUGGAGGGCACCAGGUUGGGAAAAGUUGCAUAGAAGCAAUAAAAACCAAGGGUAUGAGAGAGACCAUCUUUUGUUCCCUUUCCAUGAGAACUCCACCUGAUGCAUGUGAAGUGAGAAUGAUUUUUGAGCAUGUGCAAAGUGCAUGCCCCUCCCCAACCAGUAAACACUUCUGGGGCGAAGGUGGAGGCUCCCCAAGUGGGGGGGUGGGACCCAGCUGAAUACCCAGCGAAAUCCCCUUUGCCAGCGUGGAGUGUCAGGCUAGCACCUGGGAGGCCAGGGUUCGAAUCCCCACCAUAGCUGUCAAGCGUCCCUUAUUUGGCGUCCAAUUUCUGGGAUGCGGGCGGCUCGAGCCCCGUCCACCUGGCUGGGGCCUCCUGCAGGCUCUGCUGCUCUCAUAGAAUCAUAGAAUCCUAGAGUUGGAAGAGACCACAAGGGCCAUCGAGUCCAACCCCCUGCCAAGCAGGAAACACCAUCAGAGCACUCCUGACAUAUGGUUGUCAAGCCUCUGCUUAAAGACCUCCAAAGAAGGAGACUCCACCACACUCCUGGGCAGCAAAUUCCACUGUCAAACAGCUCUUACUGUCAGGAAGUUCUUCCUAAUGUUUAGGUGGAAUCUUCUUUCUUGUAGUUUGCAUCCAUUGCUCCGUGUCCGCUUCUCUGGAGCAGCAGAAAACAACCUUUCUCUCUCUCUCUCUCUCUUUUUUUUAAAUGAUAUUUAUUAAAGUUUCACAAAGAAAGAAUCACAUCAACAAAAAAGAAAAAUUCAAGAAUAAAAAGAAAAAUACACAAUGCAAAAUACAAAAAGAGAAAAGAAAAAACAGUUAAAAACAAUUCCCUUUUCAUCACUACUUUUACAUUUACUUGUUUCCGGACCUCCUCAUACCUCCCUCUUUUGUAUUCCAAUUCAGUUUGUUAGUCCAGCAAUUCCUUUCCUCCUUUUUAAUCCAAAUCCUAAAUCUUAAUAUAAUAUAACAUUAAAUUUUUACCUAGUAAAAACCAAUUUUUCCACUCUUUGAACCUUUUCAAUCCUAAUCCUUAAUCUUGAUAUAUUUAUAACUUUAAAGCCUGUACAGCUAGACGCCACUUAAUUUCAAUCCAACAUCACUCUAACAUUCAUUAAUUUUGCAAUAUUUCUGUAAAUAAUCUUUGAAUUUCUUCCAAUCUUCUUCCACCGAUUCUUCUCCCUGGUCACCUUUCUCCCUCCUCUAUGUGACAUCCUUUUAUAUAUUUGAACAUGGCUAUCAUAUCACCCCUUAACCUCCUCUUCUCCAGGCUAAACAUGCCCAGCUCCCUUAGCCGUUCCUCAUAAGGCAUCGUUUCCAGGCCUUUGACCAUUUUGGUUGCCCUCCUCUGGACACGUUCCAGUUUGUCAGUGUCCUUCUUGAACUGUGGUGCCCAGAACUGGACACAGUACUCCAGGUGAGGUCUGACCAGAGCAGAAUCUCCCCUCGGCUUCCCGUCUCACGCCGGCGGCUCCGGCGAGCUGUGAAGGUCAAGCGCAAUAUUGCAUGGAUUUGCAAAAAAGAGAGACAAGCAGCGCAAGCGGGGCGGAGCGGGCAGCAGGGUGCAAAGGGCGGGAGGGAGGUAGCGAGCUGUUGUCUCCUCUUCUUCCUUCUCUUCCUCCGCUCGGCUCUUCUUCCUCCUUUCUUCUAGGCGAGCCGUAGGGCUUGCUCGGUGUCUGCGUUUUUUUUUGGGGGGGGGGCGGCAGUUCAUUCACGGCCGUCGCUUUCCGCGAUUGCUUUUGGGGCGGGGGCUGAGGCUUGGAAACACUCCCCCCCCCUGCCCCCGAUCACAUCUCCCGCGCGGCUUGCUUGUGGUGCCACGCUUUUUGCGCUGCCGGCACCUGCCCUUCUCGUCAUCCAUCGCGGUUGGGGGGGAAAGAAAAGCGGAGACCGCUAGGAGAUGGGGACGACUUAUAUAUAUUUAUGUGCUUUAAAAUGAAAUGAGAGCAGGCUUCCACGCAAAGGGUUAAACCCGCCGCUUUCCCUCCACGCACAAAGCGCAACUUUGGCAGCGAGGAGGAGCAAAACUGUUGCUAUUAGCUGAGCUCUUCACUUUGGGACCUGUGAUCCCUUAUUUUGGCUGCUGAUCCCUUAUUUUCGAGGCUGCUGGUCCCUUAUUUUCAAAUCUGCAAGUUGACAGCUAGGAUCCCCACUGGGACACAAAGCUUGCUGCUGGCGCGGGGGGGGGGUGGACUUUGGGUGUCAGCCCCCCCUGACACUCAGCCUUGGGUUGCUGUGGGGAUUAAAUGAGGAGGGGGAAAACUGCACGGCAAACCUCAAACUCCUUGGGUGGAAAGGGUGUGUGUGUAAAUGCCACACCAGAUCUCUCUCCAUCCCGCAGGAACACGCUGCGAUUCAAGGAGCUCCUGAACCCACUGGUGGCCGAAGGAGAGGAGAUUCCUGAGCAAGAGCAGACUGGAGACUCGUGAACAGAGCAGGAGGAGGACCCGCCCCUCAGAUCCUGCCCCCCUUCCGCCUGCCUUCCUGCAGGACCCACCUUCCUCAUGGGUUUCUAAGGCUAUUGCUAUUUCAACUUUCCGAAAGCUUUCAAUGGUUGUUCCGAUUUCCCCUUUGCAAUAAUUUUAUGGCUUCACCUUUGUUAUGAGAAUUCUAAGGUCUCAAAUAUAAAUUAAAUGCUCAUAAAUGUACAAGGCAGGACGCGGGUGGCGCUGUGGGUUAAACCACAGAGCCUAGGACUUGCCGAUCAGAAGAUCGGCGGUUCGAAUCCCCGCGCUCAGUCCCAGCUCCUGCCAACCUAGCAGUUCGAAAGCACGUCAAAGUGCAAGUAGAUAUAUAGGUACCGCUCUGGCGGGAAGGUAAACGG